GAGUUUGGCGCGCAAAAGCGCAUGGAAGCGCAGGGCGGCGUUCCGAAGCUGCGGCGCGUCUGGGGAGCGGGGCAAACCGAACUGGCUGCGAGGGGCCUUUGGGAAAGCGGCGGCGGCGGCUCCCCGAGGCCCCAGGGCCCUUUCACCUGCCGAAGGGGGGUGGCGCCCUUCCCCUUCUCCCCGCCCCCUCGGCGCCUCCGCCCCUCUCCUUCCCCAGGUAGAGCGUCGUCGAGGGCGGCGCGCAGGCUCGGGCGCUUCCUCUCCGGCGGCUCCGGGGCGGGGAGGGAAGGCAGCAGAGGGAGGCGCUCCAGCGACCCGGCCGGGAGGUGGUUUUGCCCUCGUGUUGGGCGAGCACGCCUCGCUUCCUUUCCGCCGGCUUCCUUGUUUGACAGUCGAGCGGGGCAAUCCGGUCCCUCCCGCCGCUCUCCGCCCCACCCACCUACCCGCCCGCCCGCCUGCCUGCGCCCUUUUCCCAACGGCGACGCGCCGCCUGAGCGCUGGAGGUGGAGGGUCGGAAACAGAUGAGUGGAAGGAAGGCGGGCGCGCGGGAACGGCCUGGCGACUCGCACCGACGGCGCUGAGGCGGCCGAAGGCAGCGCAACUUCCGCGGGGUCGCCGCUAAGUAAGUGUCUGCGCGGCUUGCUCGCUUUCUCUUUGCCCCGUCUGUUGCUGCUGGGGCUGCUUCUUCCACCACCGCCUGCUCCUUUCUCUUUCUCCUUUCCGCUCGCCUGUGUCACUUGCUUCCUCCCCUGAAAUAGUUUCUUGAGUAGGUGUGAAUGGUUUCUUGCCUGGGUCCUCCUUCGCCUUUUUUGUUCCCGCGCUUCCUCCCCUUUCUCUCUCACCACGCAACCCGCCCCUGUUCCGACAGUGUGUAUUUCUGGCCGUGUUGCAAGGCUGCGUCUCCUUCCUCAGCCUGCCUGUUUCCCCGCCGGGGAUGAGGUGCUACUAAGGGAGCAGGGAUGCAGCUUGGAACUUCCCUCAUUUCAUCAUGCACUUGCCUUGGGCCUUCUCUCUUCCUUGUCACUUGGCUUCUCUUUCCGCCCACCCGCCCCGAAGUUUUAUUCCACUGACAAACCAGCAGAUCUCUCCUCCAAUUCUUUCUUUCCCCCAACUUUUCUGUACGUUCGAGCAGUAGGAAACCUCUAGCUAUGGAUAACACAUGUAUGCCAUGUUUAUUUACUCAGAAGGUGAAAAUAGUUCACAAUGAAAAUGUAUGCCAUAUUUAUUUACUCAGAAAUAGGCUUGAUAUCUGCCUGGUUUACUUCCAAGUAAGUGUACGGAGGGUUUGCAGUGUUGGUUGUGUCCUCAUUCGUUUUAUUUCUGAUUGGUUAAAGUAUUUUUUUUAUAAGUCAAAUAUCCUGUUUUCUAUUGCCAUGCAGAAAGGGAAAAUAAGUCAAGGUGGCCUUUAGCAGUAAAAAAUAAAUAAAAACAGAAGCACAACAUACAUUAGGCCGCCAUCAUGAUAAAACGCAAGCGGUAACUAUGUUAGUCCAUUGCAGCAGACACAGCAAAAAGAUCUGUGGCCUAAUUUUGGAGGGGGGAGAACAGCAAGGCAAUCCUAAGCAGAGUCUUGUGGAGCUUUAAAGGCUCAUUGCUUCUACAAUCCUAGCCAUGCCUCCUCAGAAGUAAACACUAUUGACUGCAGUGGGGCUUAUUCCAGAUAUGUGUGCUUAUGAUUGCAACUUUUUAUGAAGCAUGUUUCUGUGAACUAGGGUCCACGUCAUCAGAUGCAUAACACAAGGAGCUACCGAUUCCAGCAAAAGCAGCAAUUCAAAAGACCAGAACCGAGAUGGAGAUAAAUAGGAAUAGCAUUUACUUACCUGCAGAAGAUCAGUUUUUUCAAGUACAGAUUUUUUAAAAAGUCUGCAAUGCAGGAAUCUUUUCUCCAAUGUGGGGCUCGAACCCAUGACCCUGAAAUUAGAGUCUCAUGGCCUAUCAAAAAUCCCAAAGUUGUAGGUCAUGGACACAUCCAGUUAUAUGUCUGUAUGUUCCUUUCCUUGCAGUUGGGGGCCUUGAUUAGCCAGUGGUUCCCAUUUUAUGGCAGAGCAUUCAGUGCCAGAUAACUGCAUAGGAUUACAGCCUAUUAAGUAGAGUGGGUUGGUGCUAUUGCACUGCAAAGUAGAGGUUGAGUCCUUGAAGCAUCCAUUUAAAGUAGAUACUCAAAGAAUCCUGGGAAUUAUAGUUUACCCCACAUACAGAGCUACAGCUCCCACUAACUACAGUUCCAGGGAUUCUUGGAGUUGGGGAUAAUGUGCUUUAUAUGUAUGGCAUGUAUGCAGCUGAAGAUGUAUAGCCAUGAUUGUCAGAUGCAUUAUUUACAACCUCAUGGGAAAGUCUUUUGUGGAAAAGGGCAGUCAUGGUAGAGAAAUGAGUGUGCAAAUCUGCGUCCUUUAUAUUGGCAUUCUUUAUGUUGGCACAAAUCUGCAUCCAUUAUAUCUAGUGGUUAGACGUUAUAAUGCUAUUGCAAAUAUUGCACAACUUAGUACAUUAGGCUGAUAUCACAAGAAAUACCUCUGUAAUGAUGGUGCAUUCUAAACUGUACCCAGUUGGGGUUAGGCAUAUCUUGCUUUGUGGUGAAUGUGUGUUUUUGCACUAGGGUGGAAUGACUGUGAAUUACAACUCAUCUGUUAUGUUAUCUGCUGCUUGAAGAUUACAGAUGUUUAUCAUGCUGCAUACCACUGUUGUCAGUGCCAAGACCGUAUGUGCUACUGCAAACACUGCCUUGUCAAUGGUCACUGCAAUUGAUUUUCUUAUACAUAAUUAUAUCUGAUCUUUUAGCAUUUGGUUUGACCUCAUUCCUCUCUGUUCCCAUCCCACCCAACUGUGGGUGUAUGUGUAUCACACAUGCCUGACAAGUUAGAAUUAUGCUUCAUGCAUUUGAAGUGGACUCUGGUCCCUGGAAGGUUAUCGCAAAAAAUUGCUCUUGCCUUUCAGGUGGUAUAAUACUGUCUUCUUUUCUAAAACAGGUAUCACCAGCCCAGUGUCUGCAGAUACAGUGGUACCUCGAGUUACAAACACCUCAGGUUACAAACACUUCAGGUUACAAACUCUGCUAACCUGAAAGAGUUACCUUGAGUUAAGAACUUUGCCCCAGGAUGAGAACGGAAAUCGUGUGCCAGCAGCAGCAAGAGGCCCCAUUAGCGAAAGCACGCCUCUACUUAAGAACAGUUUCAGGUUAAGAACGGACCUCCGGAACGAAUUGAGUUCGUAACUAGACGUACCACUGUACUGGCUUUCACUGGUGCCCCACAAUCUGAGCUUUCAUUUAUUUACAGAAGUCAGUCUCUAGCCCUCCUAGAAAGGAAGCUGGGGAACAAAAUGUGCAGGUACCUUCUCAGUGAUUUCUGUGAAAUGAGAGUGUUGUGACCACCUUGUAUAUUUUUCCUGGUACGGAGGAACGCUCUCUGAUGCUAUGAGACAGCAACAGUACGUGUGUGUGGUUGGAAGUGUAAAAUCAAUAUUUUGUGAUUUCCACAGCUAGGACUGUGGUAAGACAUAGCUUACUUCCCACAGCAUGCACAAGGUUGUUGCAGGUGGCUGUCUCUCUGAUUUUGUGUUAUGUCACACCCAUACCCUAUUUCGUGACUUGCACCCUCACGGUCUCUCAAAAUUCAAAAUAGUCCCCCUGGUCCAAAAAGGUUGGCUACCUCCUGUCCUGAAGAAAUUGUAGAAAUCUGAGUCUUCCACUAACAAGGCACUGAAUCCUGCCCACUGUACUUCUUGCUCCUGUGAGCAGCCUGGCUGCUGCGUUCUGCACUAGCUGCAGCUUCUAGACCCUAUACAAGGGCAGCUCCACAUGAAGCACAUUACAGUAGGUUAGCAAUACAUGUAGCACUGUGGUCAGGCUUUUGUGCUUCAGGAAUGGCCACAGCUGGAAUAUCAGCCCGAGUUACAGAGAUUAGAGAUACAGCUACUUUAGCUUGUUAAAUUACUUGUGUUGUUUACAUCUUCCUUUAUGUGAGCUUGUAGACUUGGGGUUUUUAACAGCUUUUUAAUGGGGGCUUCAAGAACUCUUACAGGGAAUUUCCUAAAUGUGUUAUUGAAAGCAGAAACUGCAGUUUGGCAAAUGGUGCAAGUCUGUGAGUUCCAAAAUACACCAUUUAUCCUUGUUGUUUAUUGCAGUUUCACUUAAAUAUCCCAAGAAAGCGCUUACUAGAGUCUUUCCUGCCAUAUGAUCAUUGAUCUUCAAUGUCACCUAAUAAUAUUUCUUAGCCUUUGGACAAGGCCUGUGAACUUAAAUAAAAUCUGCCUUUGAACCAUUGAUCUUUAGCAUUAAAACCAGUAUUAACCUAAAAUAUAUUAUUAAGAUGCUGCUGUAACAUCUUGUUGCUGAAGUAUCUUGUACUGAGAUGCUGUAAGGCUCUAAAUGUUCAUUUUUGUGUGAUGAGAGAGUCAUGCCCGAGAUCACUAAAUGAAACUCGGUGAGAUGACUACAUCUGAUUUGAUAUUAUGGCUUUCGCAUUCUACAGUGCCUGGAAAAUGAACUCAUAGCAGUAAAGUGUGGGUUGUGAUGCAGCGGAAAACUCCCUUCCUGCCAUCUGGCCAGGAACUCUGCCUUGCUGUUUUGUGUAUAUGUGUGUUUAACAGAUCAUUCGCCUAUAUCUGGGAUGUGCCUGGUAGAAGCUGAAACCUAGAUGGAUAGACUGUAUUUACUCUGGAGAUGUAAGUCCUGAAUGUUCACGAUUCUAUGUGUUGGACUAGGCCUGUGUUUCCAAAACAUAGGUCUCCAGCUGUUUUUGGACUACAACUCCCAUCAUCUCUAGCUAGCAGGACUAGUGUUCAGGGGUGAUGGGAAUUGAAGUCGAAAAAAAGCUGGAGACCCAAGUUUGGGAAACACUGGGCUAGGCCUUGCGGGAGACCAGGGUUCAAACAUUCAUCCAGUCACGAAGCUCACUGGAUGACCUUCAGCCAGUCAGCCUAACUUCCCUCACAGGGUUGUUGUGUGGGGAUUAAAUUAGGAGGGAGAAAACUCUGUAUGCUAUCUUGAGCUCCUUGGAGAAAAAGGUGGUAUAGAAAUGCAAUACAGUGGUACCUCGGGUUAAGUACUCAGUUUGUUCCGGAGGUCCGUUCUUAACCUGAAACUGUUCUUAACCUGAAGCACCACUUAAGCUAAUGGGGCCUCCUGCUGCUGCCGCGCCGCUGGAGCCCGAUUUCUGUUCUUAUCCUGAAGCAAAGUUCUUAACCUGAAGCACUAUUUCUGGCUUAGUGGAGUGUGUAAGCUGAAGCGUAUGUAACCUGAAGCGUAUGUAACCUGAGGUAUCACUGUAAAUAAAAAAUACUGGAUUGUUGGCAAGAUUGAGAGAAUGCUGUUCAAAAGUGAUAUGGACAGUUUUAAAGUUCUCUAUAAAUGCUUACUACCUGCUAGCUCUCACAUACAAAAUGGUCCUUAGCUCUCAAAAAAAAUUGAGAAAUGACUCUAAGAACGAGGACCAGGAAGAGUGCAGAACAGUGACUUCCAUCAUCCAUGAGCUCUUACUAAAAGUAAUGCUUCAGGGCCUAAGCUGUGUAUAGCAGCUACAGUGGUUUCUUCCAUUUGGUCAAACAGCACUUUUGAGGGGUGCUAUCUGUGAAUUCCAUUGAUUAUAAGGCUUGUGGCUUACACCCACUGCUUAAUGACCAAAAGGCUUCCAUUGGGUUCCAUAUAAAUAGAAACCUAUAAUGAGCAAUUAAUAUUAGGCUAUUAAAUGAUGCUGAAUCAUAAGUGCUUCUCCUUGGCAAGGCUUUGACCUACUCAUCAGCCCAAGCCCUUUCUGUUUUUUCCAGAGCUGUGGAGGAAACUGUUGCUUUCGGUUUACUUGGGCAUGUUGUGAAACUGGUAGAAAAGUCAUCUUGUCUUUGAGAUCUCAUUUGUCUUGAGCGUUCUGGGAAUAAUACUGUAAUGCUUUUACUUCAUUUUUAGAAAACCACUCCCCUUUUAAUUUUCCCUUGUAACUUAGACAUCGUUGGUCUGUUUGCCAUAUUAAUUUUUAAAUGGCCCAAACAACAUUCUGCAGAAUUGUUACAUCUGACAAAGUGGACCCUAAGUUUAAUGUAUGAAAGAUGUGCUCAGUGUGCCACAAAAAUGUCUUUUUUUAAUUCUGCAGCGUUUUCCUUGCCCACUGAUUCUGAGUUAUUAGAGAGGGUUUUAAUAACUUUUUCUGUUGCACCACAUACCCUAGGAAGAGCAAACCAUGUCGCCCCUUUUCUUGCAAAGUCUAACUUCCCACUUUGUAUUAAAAACAUGAACAUGCCAGCUAGUUCUCUAUUUUCCCAUUCUAUAAUAAUAAUAAUAAUAAUAAUAAUAAUAAUAAAUUUUAUUUAUAUCCCGCCCUCCCCAGCCGAAGCCGGGCUCAGGGCGGCUAACAACAAUAAAAACAGUACAAAAGUACAGCAUAAACAACAUUCUAAAAUCAUUCAUUAUAAAAUUAAUUAAUUCAAGCCACUGGCAACCAUUGGGCCAGAGCUCCGCGAAGAUUGCCGAGGGAGGGAAGCCGGACUGGAAUGGAUCCAGAGCCAAUGUUUCAUCCAGAAAACCACCAAGCUGUUCAGCAACCGCUCUCUCAAUCACCUUACCCAGGAACGGAAGAUUCGAAACCGGGCGGUAAUUGGAUAGAUCUAAAGGAUCUAAUGAUGUGAUUGCAUUGAGGAAGAAGUUGUGUGUAGGGUAUUUACCAAAGAGGGAAGACAAUGCAACGCUUAUAUCUUAAAGCAGGGGUAGAGAACCCCCACCAGCCCCAGCUUAUGUUCAGGGACAAGGGAAGUUAUAGUCCAGCAACAUCUGGAAGGCCACAGAUGUUCACCACCUGUGUCUUAAAGGCUUUUGGAUCUAAUUAGGAAAGUGGCAGGGUUUGCCACUGUUUUCAGAGAAAUGUCCUAAGUUACUCUGUAGUGUUUGCAUGUUACCUAUAAAUGAUGUGAAUACCUUGUAGCUCGGAGAAGGCCAAUGAAGAAAAACUUCCUUGUUGGUGCCAAAUGAUUCCUCCAUUUUCCUGUUUGCUCAGAUGAGUUCAGUAUCUUGUGCACAAAAGCUCAAAGAAAGAAUGAAGCUGACAAGGUUCUGUAAAGGAGCAAAUAUAGAAAACUCUCCAAAAAUGCACAUAUCCUUGUUUUUUUGUAGCCCCAGCUUAGUAGCAGACACUGUUUAUUAAAACAAAAACAAAAAAUAUAUUACAUUUUUGUCCCACCCUUUCUCUAGAAUGCUCAGGACAUGAUCAGUCAGGCUCCAGUUCCUCCCUGCCCCCGAUGACUCUAUCUCCCAUCAGUUCCAGGCAGCAUGGUCAAUAAUCAGAGAUUAUGGCAAUUGUAUUGGAACAUCUGGAGGGCCCAUAGUUGGGUAAGAUUACCAUUCAUGGUUCUUUCCCGCCCUGGGGAGACUUCAAAGAAGUGUGUCUAGCCCAAGGUCACCCAGCAGCUGCAUGUGGAGGAGUGGGGACGCGAACCCGGUUCACCAGAUUACAAGUCUACCACUCUUAACCACUACACCAUAACAUUAAAACUUCACAAAACACUGACUAUUGAAAACAACUCAGAAGUUUUUUUUUUAAUGAAAAGGUCCCCAGCUAAACGCAGUCUGAUAAGUGGGCUUCAAAGAUGACUUGCUGUGUUUCCUUCAGCACUCGGUCAGUUAUGCCACCUUUUCCAGUCUGGCCAGAAUCUGUGGUCCCAACAAAGGAGCUGAAACAAAUGAGGAGAUGACCAGAGGGAGAGCCCAGUUUGCCAGACACCCAGCAUGAUAGAACCAAUCUUGAUCGUGCAAUAGAAUUCUACCCGUUUAAUGUGUGUUGCAAUGUUGCUUUCCUAACUGGUUUUUGCAGCUUUUCUGAAAGUCUGUCAGCGCAAAAACGCCUCCCUUCCUGGGAAGUCAGGCACUGUGCUGGCAGCCUCAUCUUGUUAGUGACAGGAAGCUGACUCUGCACAGACCUGUCAUUGUGCAAGCUGAAUAUCCUGGGAGCAGGCAGAGACAAAAUGCCCAUUUCCAGCAAUGCUGUGGACAUCUGUGCAUUCGGGUCUACGUUCUUGGCAAGGAAACAAUGCCUAUCUGGUGAUCAAAUCUGCGUCUUAACAGUAGAAAAGCAGUUAGCAGGAAAUUUCUUAGGAGAUGAGAGGGAAUCUACACCAGCUUAAAGUUUGUAAGACUGGCUCGUCAGUAGACCAGUUUCAACACAAACUGCCUGCCCUGGAAGAAUACGCAUGUAAAAAAAUAGAGCAUAAGAUAUCCGUGGAUGUUUUUCUUUCAGAAAAAUGCAUGAGCAGAGUGGGGGCAGAAGUCUAGUGUUUGCUUAUUACAAUAUGCAUUCUUGUGUGAUGUUUGGCACCUAGCGUAUACAGUGGUAGCUUGGGUUACAUACGCUUCAGGUUACAUACGCUUCAGGUUACAGACUCCGCUAACCCAGAAAUAGUACCUCGGAUUAAGAACUUUGCUUCAGGUUGAGAACAGAAAUCGUGCUCCGGUGGCGCGGCAGCAGCAGGAGGCCCCAUUAGCUAAAGUGGUGCCUCAGGUUAAGAACAGUUUCAGGUUAAGUACAGACCUCCGGAACGAAUUAAGUACUUAACCCGAGGUACCACUGUAUAUCUUGAGUUUCUAACUUCUUGAGCUUCGAGCUACAAAGCAGGCAUGGGAAAGAUGUCUUCUACGGGCCAUUCUGUUAGGAGGCAAAAAUGUGGGAAAUUGCCUUGGUGCUUGCUUAGCUUUGCCAGCUGUUUCACAGCCUUGCGACUCUGUGAACAACAUGUACUAAUGGAAGUUUUGGAUGUGGUUGCCCUCUUUCUUUUUCCUCUUCUUCUUCCCAGAGCCAUGCAACAGCUGCUGGACUCCCACCCUGAAUCCCCGGCAGGCUCUUGCAUCUGCCUUCUUGCUUUCCAGAGGGUGGGUGUUCGCUGACAUUCUCCUGUCAGAUCAGGAACUUUCCCCCUACACAGCUGUGUUUUUAAAUUGUGUUCAGCGGCUGGUGGAAGAAUCCUGCGAACUUUGUAAGCAAGUGGUACAGAGGGUAUGGUAUGUUCAGAUGCGUUUUGGGGAAAAUGCUCUUUGUUUGCUUCCGCUCUCAGCUUAGAAGAGUGUGAAUAAUUACAGCGGACAUGUUUGUAAUGGCUUUUCCAUAAUGUAUGGCUGGUCUCAUAUCUGGAAGCAAACGAUCCACAGUGUAACCUGACCCCCCCCCAAACAUUGCAGGUGGGGGGCAGUGACAACUGUAUUCUGUUUCUAGAAGUGAAACUAGCUUUGGUGGGGGAUGGAGAGCAAAGGAAGGCAUGUUGCUCCAUAAUGGAGAAAAAUGUCCCAGCAAGGUUCUCCUAAAAUAUUUUUUUUGGUACAUUAUUCCUGGUUAUGUAUACUGUUGGGUUAGUGGUAGAAGGAUGUAAAGUGCUGUAGCUAUGAAGAAACUAUGAAUGUGCUUCCGUUUUAUAUACAAUGUACAGUGCUACCUCUGGUUGCGAACGGAAUCCGUUCCGGAGGCCUGUUCACAACAUGAAAAGAAUGCAACCUGUGUCUAUGCAUACACGGGUUGCGAUUUGCCGCUUCUGUGCAUGCACGGGAUGUGAUUUUGCGCGUCUGUGCAUGCGCGAGCAGUGAAAUCCGGAAGUAACCCUUUCUGGUACUUCCGGGUUGCUGUGGGACGUAGCCUGAAAGAACAUAACAUGAAGCGGAUGUAACAUGAGGUAUGACUGUAUUUAGUAUUUUAAGGGUUCCUCCAAACCUAAAACUUAAAUAAGCACAAGUACUGAGAAUUCCGAAUUUGAAAAGCUUCUGUUAAAUAUUCAGUUAUAUUUCUUUCUGAGAGCUGUUAUUGCAGUUGAAAUGCAUCUGACUAAAAUUCACAUGAAACUUGCACAUAAAUCUACUUGACUGUGUUCAGAGAAUUCUUGGCCUCUCUUCCGCCAUGCUUCCUGUAAGCUUCCCCUUUUCCUGUCCAAGAGAAACUCGCCACCACAACCGGCAGCAUAUUCAUCCUACAUGUGCAGAGCUAACUUAGUCCCAGCUUUCCAUGUGUACCUGCUUCUACUGCUAGCAUCUGAAAGCCUGAAAAAGGAGAGGCUCCUGUUCUGACCUGAAAGUGUCCAACUUUUCUUUUUAGGCCUCACUAACUGAAUGAUGUUGGCUUGGGUGGAGGGAGGGACACAGGAGAGGUGUAGAUUCAUAAUGACUGAGAUUCUCCAAUAGACAUCAAGACACCUUCCAGUGCAAACCUAACCAUGGUCUGCUCAGAAACAAGUCCUGCUGAAUACAAUGGGACUUAUUCCCAGGUAAGUAAUCUUAGGACUGCAGGCUUUGUUAUUAGGAAAGUUUAGAACACCUCCAUGUUUAAUGGUUGAUAUGCACGGUCUUGUUCUGCGUUCAUAACAACUUUGAACUAAUACUGUACCCCAGAGGGAUUUGUGGGGACUUGGCCCUCUCAGGGAGAUUUCAGGGUCCUUUCUUGAACUUUGAGGGAUUUUUUUUAAAAUGCAAGCAUUCAGCCUGUUUACUUGUGUGGUAACUGAAGGAAAAGCGGUAGUCGAUAUCCUACAUCUCCCCCCCCCCCCCCAGUCUUCAAGCCAGUGGGUAAAAUGUGAUAUUUUUAUCUUACAGUUAAACCUUGGUUCCUGAACGCCUCUGUUACUGUACGUUUCGACUCCUGAAUGCCGAAAACCUGGAAGUAAAUGCUCCAGUUUCCGAACAUUUUUCAGACCCCGAACGUCUGACGUGGCUUCUGCUUGAGUGCAGGAAGCUCUUGCAACCAAUCGGAAGCCGCGUCUCGGUUGUCGAAUGUUUCGGAAAUCAAACUGUCUUCCAGAACAGAUUGCCUUCGACAGCUGAGGUUUGACUGUACAGUGGUACCUCGGGUUAAGAACUUAAUUCGUUCCGGAGGUCCGUUCUUAACCUGAAACUGUUCUUAACCUGAGGUACCACUUUAGCUAAUGGGGCCUCCUGCUGCCGCCACGUGAUUUCUCUUCUCAUCCUGAAGCAAAAUUCUUAACCUGAGGUACUAUUUCUGGGUUAGCGGAGUCUGUAACCUGAAACGUCUGUAACCUGAAGCAUCUGUAACCCGAGGUACUACUGUAUUAAUAUUCAGUACAAUCAGCUUUUUCAAAUAUAUAAACCUGUUAAUCUAUCCUUAGAAAGGUUCUGGCUGUUUUGCAUGGGUUCACACCCACCCACCCACCCACACACUAUGUCCAUAAGAGCAUAAGAAGAACCCUGCUGGAUCAGGUGAAUGGCCCAUCUAGUCCAGCAUCCUGUUUUCACAGGGGCAAACCAGGUGUCUGUGGUGUGCAUGCAAGCAGGACUUAAGCGCAGCAGCACUGCCCACCUGCAGUUCCCAGAAACUGGUAUUCAAAGAGCUCCAAAAGUUUAGGUAGACCACAGCCAUCCUGGCUAGCAGCUGCUGAUAGUCUUUGUUGAAUCCUUUUUUAAAGUUGGCGGCCACCACAGCCUUUGCAGUAACGAGUUCCAUAGUUAAACUCCAUGAAGAAGUACUCGGUGACCCCCCCCCCCAAAAAAGAAGUAUGUAUAUGCUCCCAAGCCACAAAAGUUCUGGCUGCAGGCUUGGCCUGACUUCUGAGACUGCAGCUGCUGAGCAGCUGGUCAGCACAGAUCUUCUCACAGCAUGAGCUGUGGUAUGAAUGGUUGUAUGCCUUGAAGCCUACCAGCUUCUUCUUCGUUGCAAAGAGCGGGACAAAGAGAACCUUGGUCUCUGUCUGGUUUUUGUACUGUACUGGUUUGAGAGAACGUGCCAGAUUUAAGAUGGCAGUCCUGUGCACACUUAGCUGGGAGUAAGACCCAUUGAAAUCAAUAGGAUUGACUUCUCAGUGGAUGCAUAUAGGACUGCUCUGUAAACAACAGUGACAAGUGUUUCUCUGGUCAAAAGCGUGCCAUUGAAUUUUAUUGAUUCCGUCCCGUUCUGAGACACGCAGCAAGAAUGGGAACACAUGUUGUGCGAGGGAAACAUAAUUGUCAAACCAGAAGCAUUGGCAGGUGGCCCGGAAACAAGUGUGAUAUUGGAUACUUUUGACAUAUUAGAUUUCUGCUGUUGUGGCUGGAGUUCAGGUGCAGCCUGAAGCCAAAGGGACUGGCCUUGCUGCUCUUCCUUAUUGGAUGUGUAGAAAAGUAAAAGUUGGCUGCAGAACCAACCCUAGUUCACUAGAGGAAAGUGCCCGUGAUGAAGGCCAGUAACUUGGUGGAUAGAGAACCUGCCCUUUCCGUGCAAAAGGUCCCUAGCAUUUCCAGUCAGGACUGGAGCCAUUGCCAGUCAGUGUAGACAAUAUUGAGCUAAUUCAGGGUUUCCCAAAGUUGGGUCUCCAGCUGUUGGUGGUCUACAACUCCCACCAUCCCUAGCUAGAAGGACUCACUGGUCAGGGAUUAUGAGAAUUGUAGCCCAAAAACAGCUGGAGACCCAAGUUUGGGAAACCCCAAACUAGACAGAUUGCCGGUCUGGUUUGGUAUCCAACAACAGCCUAUGUCUGCAAUCUGAUUGGGCUCUUCGGAGUUUGUGGUUUGGGUGCCCCUUUGAGGGAGUUCAAUAGGUCACUGCUGGGACUGUUUUUAAUGCUCCAGCACUUUGGCCAGCUUUGCACCGGUGUGGCAAGUGUAGGUUGAGCUGUGGGAUUGUGUUGAAAUUGUUGGGAUGUGCACUGAUUGGAAACAAAUCAGUAUGUCCGCCCCAAAGCAUUUGCAGGUGCAAACAGUAUUGGAAGUGGGAUUGCGUCUAACCUCCCCUAUACCGACAAGACCGCAAACCAUCACAAAUGCACAAUAGAAAGGAUAUCUGGAGGACCCCUAUGUUCCUGUACUGCCUCUGGCAGUUGGCAGCUGAGCUCUUGUCAAACACAUUUUUUUUAUUAUGUGGUUGUUGGUGCUGGGGGAUUAUUUGAGAUUAUCUCUGUAAUUCAUAGGCUGGCAUAAGUGUGACCUUAUUAUAUUGGCUCUGACAUGAGUGUGACCUUAUUUUAUUAGCUCUGGGCUAAGCAUUGUCAUGUGCUAUCUGUAAAUCUGACCAGCUCUGAUUUGCUUGCCUCUGCUGGAACAGCCUGCUUUUUAAAUCUGGGCAGGAAGUGAAAGCUGCUCUACAGUAUGAAGUUGUGCAGUUUUCAUGGAAAAUAUGCCCUUUGAAGAAUAGCAUUGUCAGACCCAUUUUUCUCUGCACCCACUCUUUUUCUGUAAUGGUUAAAGCUUGCCACACAGGCUCCUUCUCCCCCUACCUCUUUCUCCAACCCCAGCUCCCUCCCCCAGCUCCAGUGUGACAUCCCAGAAUGUUCUGAGCAGUCUUUCUGAAGCUCAUUCACUUCUUCUGGAGGACUAGAAUUUUGGGAAAUAGUGGUUCGAGUGUUGGGCUAGGGAGACUGGGUCCAAAUCUCUGCUUGGCCACAAAGCUCACUAGAUGACCUUGGGCCAGUCAUUGUUCCUUAGCCUCAGAUAACUCAUUGGGUGGUUGUGAGGAAAACAAGAAGGGGGAGAAGGAGAACCAUUGGUGCCAUCUUGAGCUCCUUGGAGGGAAAGUGGGAUAUAAACGUAAUUAAAAAAUAAAAGUGGCCACUUGUUGCGUUGGGGUGGAAGGAAAUGUAGUAGAGGUGAUUCUGACAAGUGGCACACUGUGCCACGAAGUCAUGGAAGUAAGAAUGGCCAGUUUUAUUUUGUCUCUUUGCGGCCUAGUGAGUUGUCUACAUGAUGUAAGAUUGAGAAGCUGGGCUUCUUGACAAAAGGAAAGGUGGUACUCUUUGUGUAAAAGAGCAGGUGAGAUUUCCUCAACCAGGACCUGAUGUUUCUCACUUGACUUUGAGCUGCUGCUGGAUAAGGCAAAAGGGAUUAUCACACCAUAUCACAUUCUGGCUGUACCAAUACAUAUCAGUGGUAGUAGGGUGGAUGGUGAACUUGAAGGGAGACUGUUCCCUGGGACGUGACACAAACGCACUGUUAGUAGCCUUGCCUUCAGCCCAGGGAUGCUCUUCAGAGAUAGAUGCCCAGUGCAGAAGAAUCUCUUUGUUGCCCGAGUUGCAUGACGAAGGGAUGUCUUGCACAGUGUUUGAACUUUGGUGUACGUGCUUUUACGCCUCACCCCCAUAUGUUGAGAUGGAUCUCCUUGUAGGAAAUUUUAAUGGAACAUGAAUUCAUUCAUUACAAAGGGUGCACAUUUCAAUGAGAAGUGAUGAGGAUUUAUAAAGAGGAAUUGCUCUUGUAGCUCACAAAGAUACAUAUGCUGAAAGCCCUUCUAGAGUUAUGUGUGUUCAUUUUUAAAAGAGGAGCUCUUGGCCAGUCUGAGGCCAUAACAUAGUCAAAAUUCUACAUAGGUGCAGAGGGAGCUUUCAUUCCCCUCUCUUUCAGGAGUGUUGCGUGUGUAUCUUCUUUUAGAAAUCUAAAAAUAUGCCAGACCCCUAACACUGAUUUUAAAUUAAUUUUCUGUGAAACCUCCCUCCCUUUAAAAAAAAAAAAAUGCAUGGAACUCUCCCAGAGGUUUUUCUGCUGUGAGGAAGCAAUGGGGAGAACUUCCCCAUCCUGUGAAUAUAUGUGGAACAAAAUGCAAACUAAAGGAAAGCAAAAAAGAACUAUGACAUUAAUAGUUGUUUUAUCAGUUGUAUCCUGGGAAUUGGUGCGGAAUGAUACUGCCUUGUCCUGCUUUGGGUGGGUGAAGGGUAAAAAAUUGCUGUGUUUUCAGCUAUAUCAUUCUGUUGAGCAUGUGUAUGCUAAUUCCAAUGUGGCUGCUGAAUGUGUAUGGAAUUCUUCUGUCCUAGAAAAUGCUGUUAAAUGGAACCAACAUGUCACUACGAAACACAGGGCGUGAGUGCUAUUUUUGUCUAAAUACCGUAUGCUGCAUCUUUCUUACACUUAGCUCAGAAAGUGGAGAGUGGUCAUCUUGCAAUGCUUCUCAUACUAGUUGUGACCUGUUUUUUCUUCUUCCCUGCACCACCCUUAACAGUGAGAAGAGGAAGGCAGUUUCCUGGUAAGACUUUGAUGUCCUAAGACCGAGCACUCUGACUUCUGCAUUUCCCAGCCUGACUGGGCUGUAUGGGGUGAAACUGCUUGCUGUGCAGCAAACGACCUCUUAGCAUGAGGCUACCCUAGGGAAGGGUCACCUGCUGCAGCUGAGUCCAACACUGGUGGGAAUUCACAUGGCUCAAACAUGGGUCAUCUUACUAACGCAAACACACUUGGUUUUGUGUCUGCACAGGCAGCCCCCUAUUUCCCUUUUCUGCCUAGGCUGGGGUUAGUAGUGAUGUCAUUCUUCCUGACUUCUUUGCCCUGUAGGUUAUGACGGGACAUUUAAAAAGCAAAUGCCUUGCUAAGGUCUCUUGACACAUAUGCACCGCACUCUGCAACUGCCUAGUUUUGUAGUCAGAGUGCAGAACAGGCGGGUAUUGAGCAUAAGCUGUGAGGAGCAGUUUAGCCUUGCUGCAGUCAUAAGACGUGAGCUCCUCCAGUGAGUUUCUCGCCCCUAAUCACCACAGGAAUGCUGGUAGAGCAGGGGUAGCCAACGUGGUGCCCUCCAGGAGUUAUGGAACUCCAUCUGGUGUUAUUGAACUACAUCUGCUGAUGGAACUCCUCGUUUAGAACAUCAUAAGAGCCUAUUGGAUCAGGCCACAGGGGUUCACCUAGUCCAGCACCAUGCUCUCACAAUGGCCAGUUGCCUGUGAGAAACCUGCAAGCAGGAUUCAAGAACAAGAGCAGUCUCCCUUCUGGCCGUUUCCAGCAAUUGGAAGGCAGAAGCAUUAUUGCCUGUGGUUGUGAAAGCAGAGCAGAGCCAUCAUAGCUAAUAGCCAUCGUUCUAGAUUGCAUGCUUUGGCUGUUGGUGGCGCAAAUCAUUCUUCAGAAACCGUUUCCAGUGAUCUUUGUGUUAUGUUUGUAACUUGUGCCGAGAUGUUUGAAGCUGCAGCAAGAAGAAAACACUGGUGUUGUGUAUUUUUUAUCUAGAACUUCAGUUAACUGUAUCAAUUUUUCAUUGUAUCCUGUAGCUUUACUAGUCUUUUUUUAUUAUUUUGAACUUGACCCUUUGAUAAUAACUUGAGAAUUGACAUUGAAAACAGGCAGGUAUGUCUGAACUUGAAAAUGUGCUGCCUGUCCAGUAAGAGAAGACUUGUGAAAAUAUUCUGGCGGGGCAGCAGAUUCCCAUGAAAACAUUUCCUUGUAUCGCACACCACUGGGCCUCAUUAAAAUUUCUUCCUCGGCUGAUUCACUCACCACCUCCAUGAUCUGUUCCUUUUCUUAAUGUGAAGCAAAGACAUGAGCUUGUUCUCUCCCCGCCCCCAGCCCCGCAUUAAAUGUUAGUAGGUAGGCCGGUAUAACCUUCCAGGUUACAAAUAGUUGGAGUCCAGGGAGAAAAGAUGGUUUUUGUUCUGCAGCUGCUGGAUAGCUCAGUCAGUAGAGCAUGAAACUCUUAACCUCAGGGUUGUGAGUUCAAGCCUCACACUGGGCAAAAGAUUCCUGUAUUGCAGGAAUUUGGAUUAGAUGACUUUGGUGGUCCCUUCCAACGCUACAAUUUUAUGGUUCUUAUCAGCAAUGGGGAGCCUCAGGUAAAGAGGGCAAUUGCUUUCCUCCAGGCCUCUCUCUGUGGCUCUUAGGAGUCAAGUGAUAAACCCCUCUGAGCCAUGCCCCCUCUCCAGCCCUUCUUUUCAUUCUCCUUGGCUAGAAUGGGUCCUUGGAAUCGGAGAAAGCUGUUUGCUUUCCCGGGUGGAGGAUGGAGGGCUAUGAGAGAGCGUGUGUUAAGGAACUACCCCACUGAGUGCACAGGUAAAGCUCGCGUUUAUAGCUCUGACCUCUUCUGCCUCUGGUCCCACACACAUAAUUUUUAUUUGCAUGCUGCCUUGCCACAGUUCAAACCAUGCUCAAAGCGGCUUACAACAUGAAACAAAUACGUGACCACAACAUAACGAAAGUAGCUGUAAACAGUAAAUUAAACUUUUAAAUAUACACAACCAAACUGUGAACAAUUUCCACAUGAAUCAAAACAAGGUCUAAAAUAAAGAUACAAAAAGACAACAGCAAUCAUCUCCUCUGCCCUGACCCCCCCCUAAAAGACCCCCAAACAGCACCCCAGGCUCAGCUGUUGUAGCUGCAGUCAGUCAGGGCCCUACCCUCCAAGGCCAGUGGGAAAAGGCCUGCAAAGUCUUCCAGGACUCACAGCCAAGAUGGUCUGUGGCCUCCUCAGCAGCCACAGCCCAUAAAUCACUGGCAUAUGCCUUCACUGCCGCCAUGUGGUCCUUAGUCUGAAAAAGGUUCCCCACCUCAGUGCUGGAUGGUCUCUAUUUAGUGCUUGCUGUUUGGGAUUCCAUCGAAGAGUCCAUUACUUUGAUGGCGCUUCUGUCCUGGUGUGGUUCCCUCUUGCUCCCUCUUGCUUCCAUUUAUGUGCUGUCCUUUGGGGCAUGGCUUCUGUUGAUGAGGGCAAAGUUAGACGUAAGCCAGUCUCAUUUCUUGCCCCCCCACCGACCCACCCAUGAGCCUUCUGCUGUAUUCGGGCCUUGCCUGGGUUGUUUCAGACCUCUUUCUUCCCACUCCCAUGUCUCUGUCAUCUUUCUCAUCCUAUCUCUUGGCUAUUUCCUGCUGUGUCUUGUUUUCGCAGGAAGCAGAAGCAGGGGGGCGAGGCGAUGGUAGUGGCUAAGCAAACAUGUUGCUGCCAGCUGCAUUUUGGAACAGACAGCAUUCUAGUAGGGCAUUAACAUUAACAUUAUUAGAUAUUUAUAUUUCCCUAACUGGGACUCAAGGCGGCUUACAGAUAAAAAUAGGAACAGCUGAAAACAGAGAGGAAAAUCAUUUUAAAACAAUUAAAUGUUGAUACGAGUUAAAACUCUGUGUGUUUAAAAUAUACCGAUAAUUACCUACUGAUGAGGGGGAAUUAGUGAGACCUUGACAUUGUCACAAGAUUCUCUUCAGAAGCAUAAAACCACCCCUGUCUUGGGAGUAUCGGAUUUGAGUUCACUGAGAAUAGAGUCCUCUUUGUGGCCCCAUUAAAAGUUUUUGGCUUUAAUGUUCUUUAGUAAGAGCUGGGGGUGGCAAGCCUCAAAAUGGCACUGAAAAAUAAUAAAGAGAACCUUAAUGUUUCGGUGCAAACCUUCAUUGGGGGCAUAAGAAUUCAAUUAGCUGAGCAAUUUUGCCUCACCAGAAUAACAACAAACUGAAUUCUUGUGUUUCUGAGGAAGGUUCCUCUGAGCAAUUUAAUACAUUAUUAAAAGAUUUCCUAUUUUUCAGAACCCACCCCUCUUGUACUUGGUUUCUCUCUUCCCCCUGAAGUAAGAAAUGGUCCUCUUAAAACGGGAGUGUGGCUGCACUGCAGACUGGGGCAACAAUGGAAUUGCCAUGGCUGGCAGUCUUUGAGCCACUACCAUCAAUGCAGGCAUGGCAUAUUCUUGUGCUUGCCAUGGAAUAGUUUAUGGAAUUCUGCUUCUUGCUUCAGUCCAAGGAGAACAGGCAGGUCUGCUUGGAAACUGGUGUUCUCACCACCAUUCCUCCUUGUUGGCCUUUCCAUGAGCCCAGAAAGACUGGCUUAUGUCACUCAGUCUUGCCAAUUUCUUUUGUCACACUGUGGCAGGAAGCUUCUCUCUCUUAUUGGAUAGUUCCUGCCCACCUGUGUGUUUUCUAAACCACCCGGUUGGCUCUAGUAUGUUUUACUGCUCUGUAACAUUUCCCUUUUAAUUCUUAAAUUUUGGCAGUCAUUCACCGCUGCCCAAAGAUAUUUUGCUGCCAGAACUCGCAUCAUCCCUGCCCAUUGACCACACUGGCUGGAGAAACAUUUAUCUGAAGCCCAGCAGCAUAUACAGUGGUACCUCGGGUUAGGAACUUAAUUCAUUCUGGAGGUCCGUUCUUAACCUGAAACUGUUCUUAACCUGAGGUACCACUUUAGCUAAUGGGGCCUCCCGCUGCUGCUGCGCAGCCGCCACACAAUUUCGGUUCUCAUCCUGAAGCAAAGUUCUUAACCCAAGGUACUAUUUCUGGGUUAGCGGAGUCUGUAACCUGAAGCGUCUGUAACCCGAGGUACCACUGUGUUAGCAUUCAAAUUAAUUAUACUUAUUCCUGGUAGAAAAUCCUUUCAUUGCUGAUUAUACACAGGGGCCUUAAAAGGCAUUGCUAAACCAUACCCUUAUUUGCCCGGUGCAUUUGGGAGCUCGCUCUGGUCCACAAGUCACAGUUAGCUGUCCCCCUGAAAUAUUUUCCUCGCAACUCCAGUGUUUGACAGCACAAGGCAGUAGCAGUAAGAUGAUGGGGAAAGCUGGCUGUGGAGGUCUGCUGUUUCCAGAAAUGUGUACAUACACAGUCUUGGGAGGAGUGUGUUGAAACACUAGCACUGACAUCACUACCACAAAUUUAACCACACUGAAACUUGCAAAUGAAUGGGUUCCACCCCACCCCCUUUCCUGGAAAAAAAAGAAGAAACCUCUAUAUGCAUUUGAAAGCCUUCUUUGAUGAGCCUGCCUUGCUGCCGCCCAGAUAGUCUGUUAUCAUCGGGAAUAGGACCUUGGUGAUGACGCCUGGGUGACAAGGAGACGCUUGAUAGGAAAGGAGACUGGGCAAGAAGCAGUUCUUUGAAACCAGCUGCGGGCGUAUUGCACAACAGUGAUGAAUGUAUGUGAGUUCACUUCCUACAUUUCAUUCAUCCAGAAAUAGCUGUUGUCAGUGACAUUUUUUUUUAAAAGGUCAGUUCUUUGUGCUGACUGUAUUUAACUGUGCUUUACGAUGACCUAUGUUGGGGAGGGAAGGAGCUUUGAUGGGGCAUUAGACAGAAGAAGGUGGCUGCUUCAGGCGCUGAUUUUGGGUGCCAUGAAAAGGCAAUAGUAAAUGGUUGGCUAGUCUGUUGUGGUGGUGUUGUAUUUUUAAUGUCAGGGCGGGGGAGAAACACUUGUGGGAUUUUCUGUCUGGGGUACCAAAAUAACUUGGCUUGGUUUCAGAUAAUGCACACCUUGGCUUUCAGGGAAGGGACACUUUUGCUGCUCCACUUCAGGUAGCAAAAUGCUAACAGCUUUUCAAUAACAUGUGACAAUUCUGCCUCAUUUUCAACACUUGGGAUGGCAGUCCUGGAAGGAAUCCUACCUUCUUCAGUCAAAGUUUCCCAACCUCCCAUGGUUAAUGUGAUUUAAGUGAAAUAUUUGUUCCAAAUAUUCCAGUUUAAACCCUGAAUGUUUAAAACCCAGUUCUUUCCUCAAAGUCCUCACCAAAAACCUUAUUUUCUGAAGGAUAUCUUUAUUACCUUGCCUACUUUUUCAUUUGGGUUUUUAAGUUCAGUGGUUUUUUCUUUUUAGUUUUAGAAGCUAGAAAGAACAUAUACUGAGAAGCCACAAUGAGGCAUUCUCAUUUGGUCAGCUUAAAAAAGUGUGAACUCUUUUCCAGCAUUUGUCAUACAUUCAUGCAGGCAAACUGAGGCAAGGGUUGGUUGUAUGCAAAACAUACACUGAGUUAAAAAAAAUAAACUUGGCUCUUCCUCUUUGUGGAGAUGGUUUUGCAGCCUGCCAGUUGUCAAAGAAAGAAUGUCUGUUGCUGAAGGGGGACAAUACAAUCUGCCUCAAUGUGUUCAAACAAGUCUUCAGUCUCCUGGUGCCAAAUGGGAACUCCACCAUUUGGACCUCAGUACCAGCAAUGAGCAGGCAUGGCCAUCCAUUUAAAACUGACAAGACAGGCAGAGUUUUAUUAUUACUAAUAUUAUUAUAUCUGGGCACCAGGAGUAGCAAGCUAGGAUUAAAAUUUAUUGCCUCUGUUGGCAAGUGGCACUGGUCUCCAUCAAAACAUCAGGUUUUGACAGCAAUAGUAAGCUGAACUUCUUUAUCUUGUUUUAUUGUGGCAUUGGGAUCCUAGUCUCUCCAAUUGGAGUCUGCUGGGAUCAUACAAUUUAUUUUGGGACCCUACAUUCAACUCUGUGCAGCUGGUUCUAAAACAAUGACUGAUUUGAUUUGAUAUAUUUUUAUUGUUUCUAUGGUGUCUGUCUUAUUAGAUACCUGGUGUAAAUUGGUUAGCUGAAAACUUAUCUAUAAAACUCACCUUCAUCGCUGCUAGUCUAGCCUCCCUCACCUCUCUCUUCUGGUUCAUAGUGUACUCACUUCCACACACUUUCCUAGCUCAUUAGAGAGACUUCUAGGUUGAGGCCUUAAUAUUCUGUUGCUGACAAAUUUCUAAGAGCCGUGUUAUUAUUACUUUUAUUCUGUGGCACAGCUCUCAGUGAUGUGUCCCACAGGUGGCCGCCAGUUUUGAACUUCAUUUUUAUGUGCGUAAGAAAAAGCAGAUUAGAUCGUGCAUGUUCCACUUGGCUGCAAACAACUGUUACAGAACUUGGUGUGUGUGACUCUCAGGUGUUGGUUUCAUAUGCAAACUUAGACCUCCUGGUGAUUGGGCCUAGACAAUAGCCACUUUGCUAUUGGGCUUGGAAAUAAAAGAAGUAUUCAAAUAUGUUCCAAAUAAGUUGUCAAAAGCGUCUUAAAGCUUUUCCCCAAGUUAUUGAUGCUAGCUGCUCGUUUUGGUUGCAAAUGCAUUAAAACUAAUGGACCUAAGUCAUGUCCAUUAAUUUCAGCGCUGGGACUCAGAGUACAACUAAAGUUGGCAGUCACCCAGUGUCCUUUCCCCCAGAGGAUUUUAGAAACUGCCUUUCUUAAAGUGCACCGAAACUUACCAGGUGUACUCCAUCAAAAUAAAUCAAUCAAUCUCUCAAGGAAAGUCCCCAGUCAUGCAAAACCAGGGUUGUUGUUUUUCUGGCCUUAUUUUCAUGCCUUUUAACCCUUAUGCUUCCCUAUCACACUUUGACAUCUGAGCCAUUUCGUGAGAUCUUCACUGUAGAAACUGUAUCUGAUCAAGGAGCAUAUUCUUGAAAAGCAGAGUUUGGAGGAAGGUAUUGAGGUAAGAAGAUGAAGGAGAUCCAAGUUAAGUGGUCUGGGCAGAGGCAGUGGCAGAGGAAGGGGGUGCAGUAGGUGCGGGCCGCCCCGGGUGUCACCACUGGGGUGUGUGUGACAAAAUGCUGGGUGGCACUCACCAUGGGGCCUGCAGUGCGCCUGAGCCACACGUCUCUCCUGGGCAGAGGGCCCAGUAUUGGAUAGUGGCAACCUGUGCUUUAGCCUUGAUGUCUUGGGCUGCUUUAUGGAAUUAAGCACAGUAUCUUGUUGGGGCAAGGCUGCUUAGAGUUCUGUUGUGAGGCAGUUGUGAAGCACCCAGCCCAAAAGUUACUUCAGUGUCUGGCAUUUCUCUUGGGAGUUUUGAAGGGCAAGGCUUUCUAGUACUAACCAAAUGAGGAAUAUAUGAUAUUUAUUAUUUUUACUUGGUCACCUCUUCCUGUUUAAAGGAGCUUUGCUAAAUCUCUUUUGAAAUGCCACCUGCUGUGUGUAUUUUUAAUAUGGUACAUAUUUUGUCUUUUUGAUAGCAGAGAAUGAAAUGCUGUCUCCCCUAGUUUGUGCUGUCCCUUUUUUCAAGACAAGGAAGUCACUAAUUCCUAUCUCUAUUUUUUCUUUAUGCUGGAAAUCAAGAGAGUGUUCCUACCCCACGCCCCCUCACACUCACACCCACCCCUGUUCUGCCCUGGUACAGUACUCCAUUGGAAAGUGCAGUUGGAGUACUGUACCAAAAAAUGGAGAAGGAUAUUGAAAACAAAAACUUUCAUUUAAUUACACAGUGAAAUUUUGUGAUCACCGUCAGGUUUGCAGCAGCACAGUCUUUGUUUUAAUUCUGGAGCGUUUGCCUUGUUCAGUUUUUAUUUAUUUAAAAACAAUAGUAUCAAAUGUCAAGGUCCUGGGCUUCUUCUUUUGAAUCCUUCAAUAACAUUGUGCCACAUCUGCAUAAAGCCCAAAUGUAUAAAAGCACAGAGAUUAUUCACAAUGGCAAUAACUCGUGAUAAUCAUCCUAUCUCUGUUCUGCUAAUUUAUUUCAUUGCCUGUUACUGCAUUUGUGAGGGUGGGGCUCGUCGUACUUGUAUACACACUUUGAGUUUUGCCCAGACAUGUUUGAGACUAAGUCUCUUGCACUGUAUGGCCCUUUAGCUUCACUGAAUACAUAUGUGUAAUAUUUUUAUUGCACAUGCAUACAUGUUAUGUGCACAUGCACACAGGUGUAAUGUAAAAGGUAAAGGGACACCUGACCAUUUGGUCCAGUCAUGGCCGACUCUGGGGUUGCGGCGUUCAUCUCGCUUUAUUGGCCAAGGGAGCCAGCGUACAGCUUCCGGGUCAUGUGGCCAGCAUGACUAAGCCGCUUCUGGCGAACCAGAGCAGCACAUGGAAACGCCGUUUACCUUCCUGCCGGAGCCGUACCUAUUUAUCUACUUGCACUUUGAUGUGCUUUCGAACUGCUAGGUUGGCAGGAGCAGGGACCGAGCAACGGGAGCUCACCCCGUCGUGGGGAUUCGAACUGCCGACCUUCUGAUCGGCACGUCCUUGGCUCUGUGGUUUAACCCACAGCGCCACCCGCGUCCGUGUAAUGUAAAUCUACCAGCUAAUUUAGCUCCAUAAUUUAAGUGGGCUCUGUUCAACGGCAGCUUUCACUGGGAAUCGGGGUGACACCCUGCCUGUUUCCUAGAAUUGUUGGUUUGUGUCUUGGUUUUGUUCCCUCUUAUUAUGUGUUUCCAGCUCAAAAUAAUAUACUCUCCCCUCGCUGCUUCUAGUAAUAUGAUGCUCUGAAACAACCUUGUCCUUGGGCCAGCAUGAGUAAGGAAUGUCACCCUGUAAUUGCCCUUAAGCCUUCUGGCUACCAAACAGUGCAAACAGGUGCUGCCUGGGUAGGCUUCGGAGAGAGCUGUGUUGGGACUUGUUGAAUGAAACUUCUCCAGUAGGCAGGGAUUCCCCAUGUAUUCCUUGGGGCGAGGCUAGGAGGGUAGGUAGGAUUUUUCUUUAGAAUUCGCCUGCUUCCCAUUCCUAGGAUUGGCCCUUGUCCUGUUAUUGUUUUUGGAGCUGAUUCAAUUCUUGGCUUGGCACCUGCUUGACAGAAUAUAUUUGAGAAGGGUGGGAAGUGGCUGCUAGCUGUGGCAUGUCGCUGUAACCCUGAAUGCUGUUGGACAGGGAGGAAUAAAGCUGGUAAUUAGAACAAAAACUGGGAAGUUGAUGCCAGUGAUAAAACUGUGACAAACCUUCAUCUGGGCUGUACCACUUCAGGCUAUGGAAAGGGGCUCAUGCAGUAGUAUAUUCCACCAUCUUAAAAAGCCUCCUCUCCAGACAAAAACGGAACAAAACUAGAUGUCAGGAAGAAUGGUUUUAGCCAUGUCCCUGUUGCAUUAUAGAGAGAAAGGGUGAGGUGGGGGGAGAACUGGGCCUUUGCUGUAUACCGGGGUAGGCAACCUAGGGCCCGUGGGCUGGAUGCGGCCCAAUCGCCUUCUCAGUCCGGCCCACGGACGGUCCGGGAAUCAGCGUAUUUUUACAUGAGUAGAAUGUGUUCUUUUAUUUAAAAUGCAUCUCUGGGUUAUUUGUGGGGCAUGGGAAUUUGUUCAUUUCCCCCCCAAAAAAUAUAGUCCGGCCCACCACAUGGUCUGAGGGACGGUGGACCGGCCCAUGGCUGAAAAAGGUUGCUGACCGCUGCUAUAUACCCUCAAAGAGUGUCAGCUGGGGCUUUUGGGUUCUCUCAAAUACACAGAGAUGGUUGGGGGCCUUGAACCAAAAAACCUUAGAGACAAAGUAUAUGUUUAACUCGGUUUUUCUUAGAUAGCAACUGAACUCUUUAAUAAUAUGCUCCCUGCUCCCUGCAACGAGAAGUUCCGGGGACAGCGCUAAAGGGUUUAGUUUUCUCUUUGGAUGAUCUCUCUUUUUUAGUUGCAAAUGUACAAGUAAAGCACUGUAGAAGCAUACAGUCACUCCUAUGACUGGCAGCAGAUCCUCAGAUAGCCACUUAAUCUGACCCCACCCCAAGGCUCAGCUUCAGUUAGUUCCAAACUAGAAACUCUCAGCCCACUCAUUUUCUGACACUGUCUCUGACAGUUCUGAGGCAACUGUCGGGGAUUUUUACACACACAUAUCCCUCUGCAGUGUCUUUGGUUUGAGGAGCCACCCCUUACAGUUGGGUUACACAUAAAGCCUUCCAGAUGUUGUUGGUCUCAAAAUCCCAUCAUGGCCAGUGGUGUGGGAUGAUGGGAGUUGUAGUCCAGCAUUACCUGAAGGAGCGUCUCCACCCCCAUCGGACACCAGACACUGAGGUCCAGCUCCAAGGGCCUUCUGGCGGUUCCCUCACUGCAAGAAGCAAAGUUACAAGGAACAAGGGCCUUCUCAGUAGUGGCACCCGCCCUGUGGAACCCUUCUCAUCAGAUGUCAAGGAAAUAAACAACUACUUGAAUUUUAGAAGAUAUCUGAAGGCAACCCUGUUUAGGGAAGUUUUUAAUAUUUGAUGUUUUAUCAUGCUUUUAAUUUUCUGUUGGGAGCCGCCCAGAGUGGCUGGGGAAACCCAGCCAGAUGGGCAGGUUAUAAAUAAUAAAUUUAUAUUAUUAUAUUAUCCCCCAUCCCGACAACUGUUCCACCAAAAGGCAUCACUGUUGUCAGUUGCCUCUUCACGAGCUAUUGCUUGGUGAAGGAUACAGGAGAUUCAUUUAAUGUGAAAGGAGGAGGGAAGGGGAGGUUGUAUCCCAAGUAUAGUUAAGAAUUUGGAGAGCCACCUCUGUGCCGCCUCCAAGUGUCUCCACCUCUCCUUUCCACUUGCUACUACCAAACCUUACGGGUAACUUUGUGCUUUCUGGAUUUUCAAGGCUUGCAGUCUCCCUCCCAUUUUACCUGACUGCAUGUGCAUGUUGUGUCAUGAAAUGGCUGGUCACUGGCUGCGUUCUUCUCGUUUUCCACUUUCAAUGUCCUCCUCUUCUUCUUUUGAAGCUUUCGUUCCUCCUGUAGGUAAAGAAAAUAAAAAUCUCAGGCACUCAUUGUCCUUAGGCUUGCCAGUGAGUCAUGUCUGCUUCUCUCCCGCCAGCCCAGCCACUCAUCUGUGGCAUCUCUAUAAGCUGGCAUUGUGAAAGCCGUCUUGGUUUGGCACAACGAGCCGGGCAGGACCUUGCAUUGUUAUGGAAACCAGCUGAGAUAUGUCAGCAAUGUUGGUAACAUGGCAAAAGGCAUCUCGGACAUCUGUUCCGCUGUUGCUGACCUUGUUCUGAUAAACCAUUGCACGAUCUCUUACUUGUUCUGCUUUCAGUGCCUCCUCUCCUCCUCCUUCCCCCUCUGCUGCUCCAAGGUGUUGACUAUUGCGACUGACACGUCUGGCUGGUGUGCUGUCUCCCUUCCUGAGGGAAAAUAAAUCUCUCCCCGAACUCCCCACAGAGACUUUGAAGGGGAAACUUUCCAUCCAGCUUAAGCCUCUCUUUUGCCUGAUGGAUUCAUUCCAAGGUGUUAGCUAUAAACAUGUAAGCAAACUGAAUAAAGAGCACCAGUGUUUCUCUUGUGUGUGUGUGUGUUACAUGAUCAGGCAGCUUUGAAGGAUUUCUGCUACCAAAGUGCAGUAAUGAUCUAAGUUUUCAGAUUAUAGAGCCAAGCCAAAUGGCUUUGCUUGAUGUGCAAAGCUUAUGAAUUUUCCAUUGGCUGCCAAGUCUUGGCAGAAAGAAGUUUGGGAAAUGGAAUAUUUUUAAUAAAAAAGUUGUUUGGGAGUGCAUAAUGUAAUUUAAGUUGAAUUUAAAUUCAAAUGUAACCUGAAAAAACAUUCCUUCCUGAUUUGUCCUUGCAGUGACUAAAUAAUAUUCAGUGGCAUAAUCAACAGUGGGUUAUAAAAAACACUUUUGCCUGGUAAACUAUUCCUUUAUGUGGUCUUUGUUUACAGGCCACAGGCCAGGCUUACGUAUUAGUGACUGAAACUUUCAGGGCCAACCACUUCCUAUGUGGCAGAGCGCUCAGAAUGCUAAGCCAUGAUUCGUUAAAGUUAACCACAAGCUGUCCCACACACUUUCAAACAAACCAUGACUUGUUUCUCCAAAGUUUGGCUGGUGUUUUCCAUCUAUUCUUGCAAUAUGUCCUUUAGGCUCGGUGACCUUUAGGCUCACGUGGGCAAGUUAGUGACCAAAGAAACCAUGAUUAAGGAAGGGUCCUGGAUUCACAUGUAAUGCUAGCCAUAGAUAAAACAAACCAAGGUUUAUAAGAAACCAUAGUUUCAGACUGUAUUUUGUUGGCAGUAAGCAAAGUCUGGAUAAGUCACAGGAUGGAGUUCACACAUAGUAAACCACUGGUUAAUAAAAUAUGCCUUAGCAUUAGGUGCAGAUCGGUGUCGGGCAACCAUGUUAAAUAGAGUAUUACAGAUGGCAGGAUGGCCUCAGUAACCCAAGAGGGGGGUGAUGUCACAUUCUAAAAGACCCUCUAGUUUCUGAGCAUGACAGUCUCUUUCCAUAACAAUUGCACAUGAGUUCCUGCUCAUAGUUUUUUCACUCUAAUGCUUUCUGAAGUGGCAUAGUGUGGGUUGUCAGUGCCCAGGGGCCACGUGGAGGUGGAGGACAGAUGGACAGAGUACGCAUGCGCAUUCAACUGCCUAACAGCAUCCGCGUCACUCAGGAGAUUGCAGAUACAGGGAUGAGAAAAGAAGAGUCAUUCUGUUGUCUGGAGAGGCCACUUCCUGGUUCGCAUGGAGAUGCCGUUUUCUUUUUUUUUUAAGAAUAAUUUUUUAUUAACCGACCAAUCACAUCAAAUCAAACCAAAUUACAUAAAUUCCAAAUUACAGAGCCGAAUUUUAAAUUUUUGUUGGGGGUACCCAUAUUUCAAGUUCCGAAGGGAUCCAAUCAACUUCUUGCUUCUUACUGCUGUUUUAAUGUCCACAAAUCUAACCUUAUGAUGUUCACAGUACUAUCCAGUCCUUUCUUAUUAUUUUUCCACAUCUCUUGUUGUUAUUUUCAUAUAUUUUUCCUUUCUCUUUGUGACCUCUGAUAGUCUCCGCAAGCUGGUUAGAACAGUUUGUAAUCCUGCGUGGAUAUUAUUUUUUUUAUCCAGUAGCCAUAUCCAGACGUUUUCCAUAUAACAUCACUUCCAUACAUCAAAACAGUCUUAGCAUCAUUAAUCUUCACCAAUCUGCCUCCUUUCUCAAAACCUCUGAGGAGAUUCACUAGGAAUGCAGUCUGAAAACAAAUCCGUUCUUCCUCCCGGCUGUAAAUCCUUUGGCAAGAUGGCGACUCCGAAUUAAUUGCUGCGCCAUUCCCAAAAGCUCUUAUUGCUUCUCAGUCUCCAUAAAGCAUACUUUUGGUUAAAGUUUAUCUCCACACAGACCUUAAUCAUCCUGCUUGGGUCAGUUCAACCGACGGUUCUAAUGAGGAGGGGUUCUUGUAAAUCACAUAGAAGGAAAGUAAAAAAGGUUUCCCCCCCCCCCUCAUUCAGCCCCAUUGUCAACAUACCCCGCCUUUAGUGUAUCUUCAUCGUAAAAUAUUCCUGUUUCUCCAGCCCGUCGUCUUCUUUCGCAGAGGUCACUUAAAUUAGCAGACUUCACUCCACUUCUUCACUUGAAAUAUGUGCAUUUGCUUCUUUUGUAAUUAAUUAUUCCAAAUUGCUGCAACUAGUGCGCGAUCAGAGACAGCGUCCAGGAGGGCCGAUGUCCACACGGGGGCAUUCUGCCUAGGGCCCUCACCCCCUUUCGAAUUAGGGGGUGAUUUAUGGGCACAGCAGGCAAGGGCAGUGUUCCCCAUUUCCUUGGGGCAACAAGGGAGGCUGCCUACUCCCAUAACAGCCUCUUAAUUACCCCGUGUGGAUCGGAGAGAUGGUAUUGUCGGCCAUCUUCCAAUGCGCCCCCUAGUGGCCCCUGGAGAUGCCGUUUUCAGUGGAGUCCAGUGACGGGAGUGCGCAGCUGUAUUGAGGCAGUACUAGGUGUUUGAAAUUUUUCACCCCUAACAAUUUUGUGCUCACCCUGUGACACACACACACCCCGGUCCUACACUAUGCCGGUGGCUUUAUGUUCCUAAAAACAUUGUGUCAUAAAGAAAAAUAGGGUGCACAUUUGCACAUAUGAAGAUUAGAUGCAGAGAUAAAUGCAUGACAUGUCCUGAGAUCCCUAUGGGUUUCAUUUGGAGGGUGAGUAGGAUGAAGGACUUCUAAUUCCAACAGGUAUUGGUACUCUCAAGCCCUGGGAAAUAUUGUUGGGGCAUUAAGUUCUGUUUCUUUAUGUCCCUGUGCAUGCAGCUGUAGACAUUUCCUGCUCUCCUGUUUCUGUGACCACAGUGGACUGCAUAGGCCAUGCGGUGGUCUCAUCAAAGGACAACUUCAGAAUCAGUUUGUCUAUCUCUUCUGCAGGCAUCUCACUGUACCCUGAGACAAAUUCUAUCUCAUAAAAUACCUCCUCACACAUUCCUGAUUGGUUGCUUGCCUAGAUAUGGUACAUUGCUGACUGUGUGGAUACAAUAGAUAACAGGCUCUCCACAUAGUUGCAGUCAUCGGUUGAAAAAGUAUGUAAGCGACCACCAUUAUAGCUAAAUAGCACCUGCCACUAUUGCUAAUGAUACUUCCUUUGUUACACACAUAUGCCUUGGUUAUACAAAUAUUGUUGCUGUUUGGUGGUGCAUUGUUAUUGUUUUAAUAAGAAAGUUUGGGUCCAUCUAGGAUCUCGACUGCCUUUUCCCAGUAGCUUAUGAGUCAGGGGAUUGUGCCUUUGGAAGUGAGGACUCUUGCUAAUUUGCUAGUAGUGCUAGGUAGGAGGUUGGAUUGAAGUGGAAAGGGAAGUUGAUCCUCUCCUGAUGACUCAGUUGCAUCAUGGAAAAUCUCUAAGGCAAUGCUGAGAGCUGGGUUUGGAGUUGUUCUUGCUCAAUCUCAGCCAGUCUCUCUUUAUUUCUUACUCUCUGUCUUUUGGUGUCAUACACUUUCUGAGAGAAUGAAAGAGUAAACUAUGCCGCUUUGCUCAGCCAGACCUAAAGCCUCAUGUGCCAUGAAGGAAAUUAAGAGUUAACUCAUGAAAGUGAUGCAUAGAAAUUCUUGGUUUAGCUUUUUUUGCUUUAAUACCAAAGUCUCUAAGAUUGAUGACCUAUCUAACAUCAUGCGUUUCAUAUGACAUGAACAGAUGUGUACAAGAGCAUGUAUGGUUAUAGAAUCAUAUAGAAGUGUAGAGUUGGAAGGUACCCUGAGGGUCCUCUAGUCCGACCCCCUGCAAUGCAGGAAUCCUGCCCACAGCCCUCUUUGGGUGGGCUCGAACCACCAACCUUUUGGUUAACAGCCAGAUGCACUGACCCAUUGUGCCACCUGAGGGGCUCCUAUAUGGAAAGGGAUGCUUCCAACAACCAGCUGUUAACACUCAAAAGACAGGGAAAACCCUGGGAAAACAACACUCCUCCUCUGCCAGCCACGUAGACUUGCACCUGGUUCUCUGCACUUGUUCAGCGGCAUCAACCAGGUGAAUGUAGAUAACUAGUAGGAGCUGGAGUACGGUGCAUUUGAAAUGCUGCAGGAGCACUUCCAAUCCUCAGAAUAAGCGCUGCAUGCAGAAGUGGCCCUUAGAGCCAACUUGAGCAUUGUUGGAGUUUUGUCUGUACUGCAUUUCUGUUCGGGGAGAUGAUGAAGGUGGAAGGUAAAGCAUGACUGUACGCGGGGUUGUUGACACAAAACUCCUGGAAAGACUGUCUGCAUGGCUGUUUGUAUGGCAGUUGUGCCUCUUCCAUCAGCCCCAAAGACCUCUGUUGUUUGCUGAUUCUGCUUUCCCGUUAUGUGGGUUGAAUGGACUAUAAACAUUUCCUUUCCCCUUGAAGUUCGGAGAUGGCUCUGGCUAUAAAGCAUAUUAUGGAUGACAUAAGCAGCUUGAGGCGCCAGUUCCCUCGGUGCACCAUUGACAUGAGCUCUCUUUGCUUGCCCACUCAAGCACUUUUGAGAAUUGCCGGAUAGGAUGCUCAAUCCCCCUGGAUGCUUCUGGUCCUGGGUUAUUGAUUACGGUGCUCUUCUUGCUGAGAGGGACCUCCUUAAACAUUUAUCGUCUCAUCAUCUCCCUUGAAAUAUAUGGGGGUAUCUGUAAUGCGCUCCCGGUGGGAUACUUUGCUACAGAAGCUGCUGCUCUUUCCAAGCUUCGGAACAUAAGGGGAAUCUUAUUGCAAGAUAGCCACAGUCUUUCUUUUAUUUUCUUUCUGUCUGUAUUUAUACCCCACCCUUCGAAUAAGUUGUUAGGGCAGCGUAAAGUAAAAUAUUCAGAAAUUUGUUAAAUAACAAUUAUGUUAGAAUUAACUGAAAACAGCAGCGCCCGGGUAAAAGAAUAGUUUUAAAGCCUGAGUAACCACCUGCCUCCUGCAUACUGUGAAUCAACAGCUGGGAAUCCUUUCCACCCUGAGGGCAACAUUCCUCCAUGGCUGGAGCAAUGGAUGUGACUCUUCCCUUUUGUGCAGGUGGUUACAUUCCAGCUGUACAAGUGCCAUAGGUUUGUACACACAUACCUCCAUCCAAGUGAGCUAGAAACAUCAUUACAGCUCAGAUACCUUCCAGCCUGGUAAACGCACUUAAGGGAGACAUGGGCAAGGGAUGGUGAGGAGUGUGGCCUGGGAUAAGGAGUGUGGUCUAGAGAGAGUCCCAAGGGUUGGCUGGAGCAACCACAUUUGGCUAUUUGGCCGGUGGUUCCUCCACUGCUGCUAAAGAGCUGGUUCAAGGGACAAGAAGUCUCUGGUGCAGUUUCUGGAGGGAAGGCCGUUCCUGUCCGUGUUCAAAACUCUCAUUGUUCUAGGCAUAUUUUGCGACAGGGAAUUUCAUUAGCAUGAGCAGUUUCUGAGCUCUGGGCGCAGUAGUUCGCCUAAGAUUUCAAGAUUAAAACUGCAGAGAGGAAGGAAAGGAGGACUUUUUUCUGCCUCCCCACUUCCAGCUACUCUGAAGACUGGAGAAGAGACUCUCUUAAGAAUAUUGGGGGGGGGGAUGAACAAGGGAAGGACCAUGUGAAAAAUGAGCAUAACAUUUUAGCUGCAGUUCAUUUCCACCUUUGUAUUCUUGUUAUAGACUUUCCAUUGUUGCGACCAUAGCCUGUUUUAAAGGUGCCAUUUAGCUCCUAGCUUCCCUAUCUCACUAUCUAACACUGGUUCCUGUGUGACAUUGCUACUGGAUGUAGACUGGACUUUCAGAGUUGUUUUAGCCUGAAGCGGAAUUAAUUUGAGGAUGGGAUGUAGUGGAAGAGGGAGCAUGAAAUAUGGGGUAGGCUUAUGCUUUUUAUAUUGCAAACCAGCCUGCAAACUUUGGUUGAAGGGUGGUAUAGAAAUUUAAUAAGUAACAAUGGAAUAAAUAGCCUCUUGCAGCAAGAAACAAAAAACUGUCAGGAGAGUUGUACGGCAUCUUAAAAAACACUUAGCAGAUUUAUUGGUGUCAUGAGGUUUUGUGGGCUCACCUUGUGAGAUGUGUGAAGUUGGCUAUAUCCUGGGUUGGCAGAGAGAGAUGGCUUCCCAUGAGUAUGAACGUGGAGGAGAAAAGGGUACAGAGUUGGGCCAAAAGGUCAUGAAAUGCCUGUGACAUUUCCAUGUAACGUUUAGCUGUAUACAAGAGAAGUGCAGUGACCAUUAUGGCUGUUGUGAAUGGUCAGUGUGCUUUUGAACUUUGAGUAGAAAUGUCACAGACUGUAUGUCUUGUAUUCUGUGGCCUUUUAGCUUCACUGUUUACCAUUUUUUUCCUUCUAUACCCACACAGUAAAGACUGCGGUUUGUUUGUAGGCUAGCUGAGAAAGCUUUGAAAGUGUGCUGCCGCCACCUUGUGGCUAUUUAUUUCAUUAUCAAUGCAUUUGAGAUGAACUUUCCAUGUCUGGAGGAAAUAUAAUAUACCGUAUUUUUCGCUUUAUAAGACGCACCAGACCACAAGACGCACCUAGUUUUUGGAGGAGGAAAACAAGAAAAAAAAUAUUCUGAAUCUCAGAAGCCAAAACAGCAAGAGGGAUCGCUGCGCAGUGAAAGCAGCAAUCCCUCUUGCUGUUCUGGCUUCUGGGAUAGCUGCGCAGCCUGCAUUCGCUCCAUAAGACGCACACACCCACCCCCUUACUUUUUAGGAGGGAAAAAGUGAGUCUUAUAGAGCAAAAAAUACGGUACUUUCGACUGUGGAGUGUGAAAGGGACUUUUAGAGUAUGUUUUCCUAUUGCUUAAGCUUUCAACUCAAGAGAUCUCCUCUGCCUUGCCUCCUGCUUGCUGUGUCCAUAUGGCAUAUCUGAAAAACCUUACCCCUAGUGUCAGGAAUUGAACAUCCAAGAUGCAUGGGAGUUUCAUAAAGGUGAAAUAUUGAAGGCACAAAUGCAGACAGCUGGAGGCAUCUGUGAAUUUUGGGGAGGUUAAUCCUGGAGAAAGGAACAGCACACUGACCAGUGAGAAAUUGGUUUUUUUAGAAUGCUUCUGAAAUAGCAGGGCAUUUGCUGGUUGAGGGAUGGUGGUCAUAGCAAAUAUAAAGCAAACCAAACAUCUCUAAAGCAUGGUUUGCUUGCUUGUAUAUUUGGUAGCUCAAACCAUGGCAUGGUGUGUGUUUUUAAAUUCUGGUUAACUCCAAACAAUAGUUGAUUUGGUUAGGAUGUUUGAAUGGAAUGGAGCUUUAGAGAGAGAUCACUGACCCGAAACCUACAAUAGCUGGAUCACCAUCUACUCUGUACCAAUAAGAUGUUGUCACUUUUGUGUGUUGCCUCCUUUUGCUACCUGUCUGGAGGCGUUAACCCUUCUCAUGCUAGUGUUGACCGAUCUCUGGGCUUAGACAGCCUAACCUACAUAGCUUCAAUCACAGAGUGGGUGAGACCACUGAGCUGGAUCGUUAACCCUGGCUUGACCCACUCUGCAGCAUUAAUCCCAUCCAGAGUCUUCCCAUCCCGUUGUGUGGGAAGCCCCUUAUUAAUGUGACUCCCAGCAUUGGCUGUAUGUUCUGCCUUGCACCUGCAGAGGAUGAGAUCAUUGGCCAUCCCGAAUAAAGCCAGGAUUAUUAAAGAAGGCGCUAGGGGCUCCCUUGUGUAAGCACACUUAGGCUGAUUGGGAAAAAGCACCAGUUCUUAAGGUAUUCAAGCAAAUGGUGCCUACCCUGGGCUUGGCGACAGGAAGAAUGUUGAUUGUUUUUGCCCAUGGGGUUUCAUGUGGUGAUGCAAUGCAGUUCCAUCUGGCUUGGAAGCUGGGGGGAAUUCCAAUGUACUCUGUACAAAUGAAGUUCUAAUCCCUACAGGGGCAGAGGGGAACCUGGAGGCGUGGCUUUCAAGCCCAAAAGCACUAAUAAAAAAGAAACACGGCGCAUACUAACACCAAACAUUAUGGCUACGUCUUGUGUAUUAUUGUGGCUAGGGCCACGUGUAUCCUCCAUGCUAACAUCACCCUCCCAAAAAAAACCUGGGAAAAUUCUACAUCCAGGCAAUUAAAUUUUAUAAGAGAAACAAAUCUGCAAAGCCUCUUCUGCAAAUGCAUGCCACUGACUGAUGAACUUCACAUGCCUUUUCUUGUUUCACAUAAGUUAUCCUGCAACAUUUAUUGUGCAUGGGUCUAAUUUUGCUAGUCAUAAGAGAGAGUGUAUGUGUGUGUCAAGGGGGUGGCACUACAAAGCCAGUAAGAGAGGACAUGGCCUACUUGUUCCCAUCAUGAUAGAAACAGUUUUCCUGAAAAUGGAAUUCAGCCUGGUGCUGUGGCUUAAACCACAGAGCCUAGGACUUGCCAAUCAGAAGGUCGGCAGUUCAAAUCCCCGCGACGGGGUGAGCUCCCGUUGCUCGGUCCCUGCUCCUGCCAACCUAGCAGUUCGAAAGCACGUCAAAGUGCAAGUAGAUAAGUAGGUACCACUCUGGUGGGAAGGUAAACGGCGUUUCCAUGUGCUGCUCCGGUUCGCCAGAAGUGGCUUAGUCAUGCUGACCACAUGACCCGGAAGCUGUACGCUGGCUCCCUCGGCCAAUACAGCGAGAUGAGCGCCGCAACCCCAGAAUCGGUCACAAUUGGACCUAAUGGUCAGGGGUCCCUUUACCUUUACCUACCAGCUGUGGCACUGUAUCCAACAUGGACACUAUCCCUAUUUGUUGCCUCUUUGUUGUUGUAUUACUGGGGGUUUAUGAAGGCAUGGUACCAAUGAAUUGAUAAUAAAUAUUGAUAUGCAGCUGAGCUGGAGUUCUCCCACUGACUCAUGUGUUCCUGCAUUGGUCCUGGAUGCGUUCCAAGUUUUCUGUCCCUUCUUAAGCAACAAUAGUAUGCAGCUCUUUAGAGGUUCUGAUAAACCGUGAAAGUAGACAUAAGACAGAGUGGUCCCCCUGAUAGCCUCAAUAUUUAAUCCGCCUUUAAAAGAAAAAAUUACUUUAGAGGAAGCAGUUUUUCCACUUUGCUUGCAGAAGGUCCUCACAGGUUUAAUCCCUGGCAUCUCCAGUGAGAGCCGGGAAGGAUCCUGCCUGAAGCACUGGAGAGCCACUGCUAGUUACUGCAGACAAUAUUGAGAAAGGUCGGACUCUGUAUAAGGCAGCUUCUUGUGCUUCUUCUUUUGGGCUUCAGCCCAGGAGCUCUGUAGGACCCUGACUCCUGUUUCUUUCCCCUCCUAUCAGGCUGACUAAAUAAUCCAAUUCAACAUGGCGGACAGUGACAAGAAUGGGACCAGGCGCUCCAGUACCAGCAGCAGUCGCCUACAGAGCAAGAAGCCCCCAAACCUGUCCAUCACAAUUCCACCUGUGGAAGCAGCCGAGGAUGUGAACAGCCAAACAGUGGUAUGACUGACUACAGUUUUCCCUAAAUGCUUACGGGCCUGUUUCAUGUCUAUGGUUACUUGAGAUGGAGAGGUGUCUGUUAGUUGCUGUCAGGAUCUUGAAGUUAAAUCUGAUUCCGCCACACCUGCCAAAUUGCUUUUGCCCAUGUGCUGUCACAAUCUGCAAUGUGACCAUGGAUAUUUAACCAGUGCAUUGGCACUUAGAGAAGCAUCCUUUGUGGCUUCUAUGUAGAAAUCUAGACAGCCUUUUCUGGAAGCUCACCAAAGAUUGUGUGCCACCUCAGGCAUGUGGAAAGACCCCUCUCUUUUGGGGACUGGGACUAAACUGGACCCAUGGGGUUCAGGUAUAGCUCUUGCAUUUUAUGGAUACACAUUAUGACUUGGGGAGGAACAUCCUUCCCCAAAACAAAUAACUGUCAGAGAUUACUUUCCAGUUGAGUUUUCUUAAAAAUGCACCUUCACACCAUGCUGUGUUUGAGCCCCAGAUAGUCUCGCUUACACUCACAGCACCUUUGAGGUAGGGGAAAAUAAGAGUCCCUUCCUGAAUCAGUGAGAAGCAGGCAUCCUUCAUGAACCCUGCUUUGCCCUAAGUUCCAGCAAAUUUCUUUUUUACUCCAAAUAUUCAAUCAAGACACUUCCUGAAUGUUACUAAUAGUGUAGAACCUUCAGCCAUACCUUAAGUCCAUUUCUUUCUCUCUCCUCCACAGCCCCCCCCCAGUUGUAAACUGCAUAAAAAGUGAAGCUUUGUAAUCAAACAUGCAUGAUGCUCCACAUAGAUGUGUGAUUUCACAUAACGCCCUGCCUCCAUACCUACAUACCUGUAUGCAUCUAGCACUAUCCUGGCCACCUAUCCAGGCUCCCUAUCCAAGUACAGUGGUACUUUGGAAGCUGAACAGAAUCCGUUCCAGAAGGCUGUUCAACUUCCAAAACGUUCGGAAGCUGCGCCGGACAUUCGGGUUCCAAAAGAACGUUCGCAAACCAGAACACUCACUUCCGGGUUUGCGGCGCUCAGGAGCCAAAAUGUUUUGAGUGCCAAAGUGUUUGGCUUCCAAGGUACAAUUGUAGUCAAGAAGAUUCUUCUGGUUUUCUCCCUCCCUGGUUGAGGAGUGUGAUUUGUAGUUAUGGGAGCUGCAUAACAAGGACAGACCUAAGGAUAUUGCCCAUUCGUCAGUUGGGUGUUCUGUGUCUGAAUCAUAUCUUCCUUACAAUCUUUCUUCGACUUUAACAUUUCUUCUAGCCUCUGAAGAAAAACCCAGUUUAUCAGAAGAGUGUGAGCCUCCAAGAGUCCGGGAUGAAAAGGCAGGACAGCAACUUUGAAAGACAUCCUGGCUUGCACAGGCAAACUUCACUGUCCCACAGUAUUCGCAAGUAAGGAGAUGCUUAGGCCGCCAUUUUGGGUUGGGUGGGGGUGAUGGCCAUGAAAGGUGGUUUUUUCCUUACCUUUGAAGGCAUUGAGCAGCGUUACUGCUUGGCGUUCUUGGUUCUCUUGUCCCUUACCUUGAAGGCAGAGUCUGUACUGAGAUAAUCAUGAGUUUUCACAACAGGCCAUGUUGUGGACUCCAAAAUUUUGCUCAUGGUGAUAAUUAUUUUGACAAGAAGAAUGCUUAAAAAUAAGGUGUUGCUUUUGGGCCUUGCUUUGUUCAGAAGACUUGAGAUCUGCUUCACACAAGGAAAGUGGAAGCAGAUGCAUUUUAAGUAUUUUGUCCAUACCUUCUUAUACAGUGGUACCUUGGGUUACAUACGCUUCAGGUUACGUUCGCUUGAGGUUACAGUCUCCACCAACCCAGAAAUAGUACCUCGGGUUAAGAACUUUGCUUCAGGAUGAGAACAGAAAUCGUGCUCCGGCGGCGCGGCGACAGCAGCAGGCCCCAUUAGCUAAAGUGGUGCUUCAGGUUAAGAACAGUUUCAGGUUAAGAACAGACCUCCGGAACGAAUUAAGUACUUAACCCGAGGUACCACUGUACUGCAUAAAAUGAGACAGACAAAUGUCAUUUCCCCGCUCUUUCCAUCUUAUGUACAAGCCAUAAAUAUAAGCCUAUGUGUUGGGAAUCAGUUAUGACUCCCUGCAGUGUAUGUAUGUUCCUGUGGUGUGCACUUGCUAGAAAAAGACAGGUUGCUGAUAAUACAACUGAUGCUCUUCUCACAGUAGACUUUUUAAAUGAGGCAGUGUGUGUAUGCUGAAAGCUUUUGCAGAAGUGGGGAGGAUUGCCACUCAGGCAAUGUUUCCUAAACUUGGGUUUCCUGAUGUUUUUGGACUACAACUCCCAUCAUCCGUAGCUAGCAGGACCAGUGGUCAGGGAUGAUGGGAAAUGUAGUCCAAAAACAGCUGGAGACCCAAGUUUGGGAAACCCUGCACUGGAGCAUGUCAUUGGGGAAGGGGACAAAAGCAGUGCAGGUUCAUGGGGCAUGGCAACGUGGAUAUUUAUGUGUCAAGCCACAGGUUAGCUGGUUUGGUUUCCGAGGAAUAAGAAGCUAUCUCUCCCCCAGAGUCGCUGCCAUGCGGAAACCCUCCCAGGGGGCAGCCAUUUUGGAAGGCAAGGGUGGAGAGUUUCUGGAGGAAAGAUCUUGGUAGACUGGGUGCAAGCUGUUGGCAUCUUCCAGGCAAUGUUAACCUGGGUUACUUUGCUGGGCUUCUUCAUGUGUGUUGUCCUUUUUCUGUUUCCUACACCCAGGGGAGCAGCUCAGUGGUUUGGAGUCAGCAGCGACUGUGACGGAAAGCGGCAGCAUUGGCAGCGCAAAAGCCUGCAGCACUGCAGCCUGCGGUAUGGGAAGCUCAAACCUGCCUACCGAGAAAUGGAGCUGCCCAGCCAGGAAGUGCCUUCCUUCCAAGGCACAGAGUCUCCAAAGCCACAGAAAAUGCCCAAGGUUGGUCACCCCUUGGUGGUGGAGGUGGUUGCCUUGUACUUCAGAGCACGAGUGGAUCAGCUACUCCUGGAUUUGCUCGUGGGGGGGGACUGGAUUUAGAUCCCAAUUUGGAUAUAGAGCUUGCUGGAGGAGGGCUGGUAGAGCAUGUGCCUGGAGGUCCCAGGUUCCAUGCAUGGCAUGUCCAGUUGAAAGGACCAAGUAAGAGGUGAUAUUGAAAGACCUCUGCCUGAGAUGCUGCAAUGCCACUGCCCAUCAGAGGAGACAGAAAUACAAGGCUAAGUUCUCCAGCAGCCUUCCUUCCUUUGUUUGUUUAGUUGUAUAUUAGUUGUGGAGAUAGGUGAUUAUUAUUAUUAUUAUUAUUAUUAUUAUUAUUAAUAAUAAUAAUACCCCACCCAUCUGGCUGGGCUUCCCCAGCCACUCUGGGUGGCUUCCAACAAAAUAUUAAAAUACAGUAAUGCAUCAAACAUUAAAAGCUUCCCUAAACAGGGCUGCCUUCAGAUGUCUUCUAAAAGUCUGGUAGUUGUUGUUCUCUUUGACAUCUGGUGGGAGGGCGUUCCACAGGGUGGGCGCCACUGCCGAGAAGGCCCUCUGCCUGGUUCCCUGUAACUUGGCUUCUCGCAGUGAGGGAACUGCCAGAAGGCCCUCGGCGCUGGACCUCAGUGUCCGGGAAGAACGAUGGGGGUGGAGAUGCUCCUUCAGAUAAUACUGGACCGAGGUGAGGCAAGUCAGAAGGCUGCUACGUGGCUUUAAUUUCCAUGGAGGGUAAUGGAUAAUGGCAGCCAUUUGGGCUCUUGUUUGGUCUUUCAGAUUGUUGAUCCCCUGGCCCGAGGCCGUCCCUUCCGGCACCCGGAUGAGAUGGAUCGCCCACGCACUCCACACCCUGCCCUGGCCCCAGUGACCCCUGGCGUCAUGUCCUUGACAUCGUUUGGCAGUGUACGGUCCGGCUACGGCCGCCUUCCCCGCAGGAAGAGGGAAUCGGUGGCCCAUAUGAGUUUCAAGGCAGCUGCAGCUAUAAUCAGAGUGAGUUGUUUUGUUUUGUUCCGCUCCUCUUUCUUUACUGCUGUAGAAGAUGCUUUUUGUGUGUGUGGGUGCUGCUUCCUUACCCCUCUUCUCAGCAACAGUACAACCAGAUCUCUGAAAACACGGGGAACUUGUGUUGUCCUUCUUCAGAAGUUUCAGAUUGGGUGAAAAAUGAAAGAAAGAGAAAUCCUAGUAUUCUCCGGUUCUUUCCAAGUAAUCUUAUUCCUUCUCAUAUCAUGGCUGUGAAGCUCCAUGCGGGAUAAAGUUUUUUGAGUGGGUUGGGGUUUUUUGUGGGUGGUGUGGAAUAAAAUAUGAUAUAUGUCAAUAUGAAAGUAUGUCAUAGGCCCACCCCAACACAUGCUUUUUAAAGGGUGGAAUGGUAUCAGUGUAAUCACCGUGAGCAGAAAAGAAAAACUUGUUUUGUAGGAUCAACACAAGCUCCUACUUCACAAACAAGGUCAUUGAUAAUACUGUACAUUUAGCUGGUAAAACGUGCUAAAUUGAUACCAAAUCCUAAUUUCAGUGAGACCCCAAGAGCCAGUGAUCGUUGGGCAGAAUCUAGUGUUGCGCAACUGCACUUCCACUCAGGCAAUGGAGCUCCCUUUUUCUUUUUAAAUAGUUGUUAUAAUUUCAACCCUCCAGAGCAGAUUUUUGAGAGCAUGAGGGGAAGCCCGAAGUGCAAGCAUAAAUCCAUUCUGCUUGUGCACAGAGAAGCAUUAGACUCUAAGGCUGGAAUUAACCCUGCUUCCCUAGAAGUAAGCCCAAUUAAAUUCAGUUUGACUUACUUCUGAGUAGACAUGAUUAGGAUUGCACUGUUAGUCCUUGGGGUGGCCGCAUUGCUUGGCAUCUCCAAGCCCUUUUUUCAACUUUUAAAUUCAGAACUUAAAUAGACUUCUCCAGAUGGCAUGGGAUGCUAAUGCUUUUCGAUUCUGAACUUUCAAAAGUAAGUUGGUUGCUGCUGCUGCUGCUCUUCUGUGCUGUUUUUAGUGUCAAACUGGUGGAUCUUUUCAAACACUCUUGCUUCCAAUCAAACUUUUAGAAGCAUUGGAAAUCCUGACAGACACACAUCUAUGGAUUGGGACAUAAUCCUGUGAUCUGCUGACCCGAGCUAUUAAUUAAUUAAUUUUAUUUGCUUAUUUGACGCAUUUCCCCUCCCCCCCCCCCAUACGCAAACAUUGAAAAAGCAGUUUACAAACCAUCCAUAAGAAAAUAAUAAUUCAGAAGAACCACCAGGUGAUGCUGUUGCAUGGCUUAGAGGAAGUGAGGCAGGCUAGGACUGAGAACAACCAAUUUGGAAGCCAUUCAAUAUUAGUGCUUGGUUUUUUUUCUGUGCAAAGCUACCCUCCUGAUAUUUGUGCAAUGGGCUUGUAUUCCAACAGUCUGGCUGAACAGGAUGCUGGUGUAGCUUGUGUUGCUCUUGUGUGUCGUUUUCAGUUAACCCAUAUUUGUAGGUUCAAGAGUCUCGACAUGAACUCUUCACCUUGCUCCUUCCAUCUUCGAAAGGGCAGCACCCCAGUAACGAACACCAGGACCUCUCAACUAUUAAUAGAAAGUGUUUCGAACUUGCUCACUCACUGUUCCAAUUUGAUUUCUCUGAAAAGGGACGUUCGGUUCUGGAGCCCUCAGCACCGAAGCGGAGGUGCAACAAGCAGAGCUUUAUGUAUCCCAGCUUCAUGGAUGAGGAUGUGGUAGAUGGCAUGGAUACGUUUGACUCCUCGUUCUUCAGUAAGGCAAGCAUGGUUCCAUGGCCUCCCUGCUCCACCCCUUCCCAAGAUCUCCCCCCCCCCAACUUUGAUGAUGUAUCAGGACUACCACCACCACCAUAAUCUCUCAUGGGGAAAGAACUGCGACCAUUUCUCAAUGAAGCCCCUCUGUUGGCUGUAGGAGGAUCUUAUCUUUACUGAAUCCCUGCUCCCAUCCCUCCCCUCUUGCCUAAUGGGAUGCCGAAGCUGUUUUCUUCUUUCAUUUUCACGUACUGCUUUUUCCCCAUGGAGCAGCCACAGUGCAUUCACUGGAACCAGCCAACAGAAAUAAUGUAACAUUUAAACAAUUGAUCCAUGUCUUGUUGUUAGCCACAAAGCUUCCCAUCGUCUGUUAAGAUGGACUUAAUUGACCAAUGUCUGGAACGUGAGCAUGUUGUUUCCUGUAACUGCCUGCAAUGGUGCUGCAGCUAGCAUUGUUCCAGUGGCUCCAUACAGUUGGGCAACUAUGUCAGUCAUUUAACAAGACUGAGUCUUGUUCUUGCCAACUAGACAAUGACAAGCAGAGGGUUGUAUCCAGUGAGACUUCCCCAUCUCCCCUCAAAAUCUGCUCUGGAAGCUCCUCCAACACUCUGGAACAGAUUUUGAGGGUGUGUGGGGAGUGGGGGCUUCAGGGGGGAGUAGGGGAGAGGGAAAGUUCCAUUGCGCAAGCAGAAGUCUGUUGUUCUGAUAGAAGCAGUGUUAGAUAUAACCCAACAUUUCUGUCUCUCUCUCUUGCAGGUUGACGCUCAUGAUGAGUUGUGCUCCAUGCCAGAUGAUGUGUUUGAGUCCCCACCCCUCUCUGCCACUUACUUCCGAGGGCUUCCCCAGCCAGAGGAUGGCAAGUCACCUGAGGCUGAGCAGCCAUUUCAGUAAGUCUUGGGCUCCACUUCAGAACGGCACCAAGAUCUUCAUAGCAAUGCAUUUCUGCAAGUCUCUUCAGCCUGUAGCCAUAUCUAAGAGAUUGCCACCAGCAGCAUUGCAUGGAAGUGAAGGCAAACCUUUAUCCUCAAUGCCUACAGUACGAUGGUUGGCUAGCCAAGAAACUGCCUCUUUGGUGGUGGCCCCCCUGAUUGUGGAAUCCUCUUGCCAUCCUGCUUUGUCAUAUCAGAAACAGCAAACCCCCCACCCAAAAAAAGAUCUGGGGGAUGGGAAUGGGCAGUGUAGGGGAGGCAAAACAAAACCACAUUUGAUGCAUGAGCAAAUGGGUGCUCUCCUAAAAUACAGGAGAAGAAACCAACCCUCUAUAUUUAUGGUGGGCAGUGGGGACAGAAGCAUUUUAAAUCAUUGGUAUCUGGGAAUGGUUCAGUUUGGGCAUCUGUGCUGCUUCCGUACUUCAAAUCACAUAAGCCCUUUCUUCUCUUUCAGGCGGGCAGGACCUUCUCGGGGUCUGCCAGUGGUGGCGGCGGCUGGUCCAAAACGGGGCAAGCGGAUUGCUUCCCGGGUGAAACACUUUGCCUUCGACCGCAAGAAGCGAUACUACGGGCUGGGAGUGGUGGGCAAGUGGCUGAACAGGACGUAUCGGCGGAGCAUCAGCAGCAUGGUGCGCUCCCAGCUGGAGCUCACGGACAGCCACAGGUGGGAGCAUGACUUGCUCACUUAAAGCAUGCUGCCGCCGUCACUAUAACCCAUCAUCUGCUUGCUGGAGUCUGAGCAAGGAUUUGACCAUCUUGCAAAAAGCCUCCUGGUUCCACAGUGGUUCCUUUUUUCUUUUUUUUAAAAUGACAAGGAACAUAUCUGCAUCACCUCAUUGGUUCCUAGCUACUGUGCAUUCCUUCAGUUCUAUAUGUCAGAUUAGAUGUGUCUUUGCAUAUCUCAGACAAAGUCCUUUGAGGUGUACAUUGCUAAGAGUAUUUUGUUAAUGAAAGCUCUUCUAGGAAUAACCAUGGCCUGUGGUGCUUGUCUCCUCUCCCACCUUUUCUUCCAUGUCGUGAAUAGACCCUACUUCACCUACUGGAUCACCUUUGUCCAUAUCAUCAUCACCCUUCUGAUCAUUUGCACCUAUGGGAUUGCUCCCAUUGGCUUUGCCCAGCAUCUGACAACAGCAUUGGUGAGUCUUAACUAUGUGAAUGGCAUUCUACAGUAGUGUCCUUUAAAAAGCCUCAGAGUGGCUAAUAACAAUUAAAAACAUCAGAUCACUACAAUACAAAUAAUUUAGAUGGGCCUCUGGUGUGAUCCUGCAGGGCUGUUCCUAGUGCAGCUGAAGAGGUUCACUUUCUCCAUUUGCAGGAAACCAAUUGCAUCUGAAGCACUUCCUCCAAAUGUUUUGCUGCAACCGCCAGCUAUCUCAUCAGCCUGCCUUCAAAGGAGGCUGCUGCAAUCACUGAUGAGCUAAUUACCGUAUUUUUCGUCCUAUAGGACGCACCGGCCCAUUGGACGCACCUUGUUUUUUUGGGGGGGAAAUGAAUAAAAAAAAUUUAUUCCCCCCCCUGCCACCGCGGCUGCCACCCCAAGCCUUGCGCACACCUGCUCAAAGCACAGGGCACCCUCCGGAGGGCUUCCCGUGCUUCGGGCGACAGGCUGCCGCCCCAAGCCUCGCGCGCUCGGCGGGACCUCCUGCCGGGCGCGCAAGGCUUGCAGACACUCGCCGGGGCUGCAGGCUGCUGCCCGCAAGCCUUGUGAGCCCGCGGAACUCCCGCCGGGCUUGCAAGGCUUGCGGAUAGCUUCCUGAAGCCUGGAGAGCGAGAGGGGUCGGUGUGCACCGAUGCCUCUCGCUCUCCAGGCUUCAGCGAAAGCCUGCAUUCGCCCCAUAGGACGCACACACAUUUCCCCUUCAUUUUUGGAGGGGAAAAAGUGCGUCCUAUGGGGCGAAAAAUACGGUAGUGGUUACAGUGACCUUGUUGAACAUUGACAGCUGUCAGUCAACCAAUGUUGACCUGUGGCAGCUGGGAGAGUUAAGAAUUUGAUCCACUGGCCAGAUCCAGGCCCUCACCCCUGCCAUAAAGAGUCUGAGAUCUGAGAUAACAUUGACCUCUUAAGGAAGUAUAUUCAUAAUGAAGGAGUCACCACUUAGAGUGCUCUGCCUCUUUUACCAGCCAAGUAUUAGACAAGCACACGAGCAGUUGGUGGCAUUCUGCAAUAUACCCUGGACCCAAUCUUCUUAGAACUUGAAAGGUCAAAAACAGCACUGUGGAUUGUACCUCGAAACUGUCUGGCUCCCAGUGUAGGGCUUUCAGCACAAAUGUUACGGCUUUUCUAAAACUAGCUGCAAACGACAGGCCAAGUGCUGCCACAUUUUGGAGUGACUGGCAUUUCCAGAGUCUACCAAGGCAGCCCUCUAUCAGGCAGAAACAAAUAGCAGUGCUCUCUGGACUCCACCCCCCCAAACCAUGGCCUGUGAGCUUCAUUAAGGUGGUUGGCUAAGUGUCUGCGGAUUUGUGGUUGAAGACAAGAGACGGCACAUCCAUCACAUUCAGUAUUCCUAUUUAUAUUUAAUUGUGUUUUCAUUGCUUCUUUUAAUUUAUUGUAUUACAGAUUUAACCCUAUGGAAUUCAAAUUGUAACACAAUAAAAUGUGAUCUGCAGGAAAUACAAGAAGCAAUUGAAAUCAUACAGCACCUAGCACUGUGCACUACAGUUGCUGCCACAGGCGGAAAAGCCUUUUAAGUGGUCUGCCAAGAUCCUCAGCAAUUUUCAAGUUGCCCCCAUAGAGUGGGAAUCACUGCUGUAGAGUGGACUGGCUAUCUGGGAGUCAAAAGCUUUGCAAAAAAGUUGCAACUGGAAAUGCCAGCAUAUCUAAACAGAAUAACUUGACACUAAACAAGCAAGGAUUGAGUGUAUCCUGACAGAUGUGUGACACUGUGGUCACAAAUGCAGUUCAGCUAAAGUUUUGGGUUAGGCCUCCUUUAGCUUGGCAUGGAAUCCCACCUGAUGGCAGAGUGAGGAGAGUCCGAUCUGGCCCUUCUCUCUGGGUGCUUGCCCCAUCUCUUAGCCAGGGAAUUUCUCUGCUGUGUCUACAGGUGCUGCGAAACAAAGGCGUCUAUGAGAGUGUGAAGUACAUGCAGCAAGAGAACUUCUGGAUUGGCCCAAGCUCGGUAAAUGUUGUGCUUCUGUUUCGUUUGCCCUGUUGAGAUCAUGCUGUUUAAAGGAAAUUCAGUGUACGGCUCUUCAAAGUGCCUUGAAUCAUCCACACCCCCAUAAAACGUGCCUUACACUAGAGUGAAAUGAAGCAUGAUUUGCUGGUUUGGACAGAACACUAAAACGGGGAUGUUGGAUUGUUUCUCCUGUGCGCUACUAAGGAGGAGCAAAGUGACCUAGAGUAACUUUGGCUUGCCUUGAUAUAUGGAUGAGGCCGACAUGAUGCCGGGGUGGUGGCGUUGGCGUUGAGAAGUUAGUCUGCCAAACUUAUUUUUCAUUGUGACUCUCCCUGCCACCCCUUUUCGUUUCAGAUUGACUUGAUCCACCUGGGAGCCAAGUACUCUCCCUGCAUGAGGAAGGACCAACAGAUUGAGAAGUUGAUCCAGAAAGAGAGGGAUCAAGAACGCGAGUCAGGUUGCUGCGUCCAGAAUGACAACUCCGGUUGUGUUCAGACUCUGCAGGUGGACUGCUCGGUGAGUGAAAUUGCAUCAGGGUUUCUCUGGUAGUGGCAACUAACUCCUUUAAACGUUGGCAUAAUAUUUCAAUCUGUGGCUUGAUGGCCCUGCAUUAAUGGUGCCUUUAUCUGCCAUGCCAUGAGAGGUCUCAGUUCUCUGGAUGAUAAGGCAGAAGGGCACUGCUUGAGUAGGAAAAUGCCCCUUUGCCAUCAGUAUUGUUUGCUCACAUUUUGGAUAAAUUGCAGUUUAUGUGACCAGCCAGAGCCCAGAGAAGUUAAUGAUUGCUUCAGAUUUACAAAACCAUUCAUAGAAUGGCUCUGUGGGUUAAACCACAGAGCCUAGGGCUUGCCGAUCAGAAGGUCAGCGGUUCAAAUCCCCGCGACGGGGUAUGCUCCUGUUGCUCGGUCCCUGCUCCUGCCAACCUAGCAGUUCAAAAGCACGAAGUGCAAGUAGAUAAAUAGGUACCGCUCAGGCAGGAAGGUAAAUGGUGUUUCCGUGUGCUGCUCUGGUUCGCCAGAAGUGGUUUAGUCAUGCUGGCCACAUGACCCGGAAGCUGUACGCCGGCUCCCUCGGUCAGUAAAGUGAGAUGAGCGCCACAACCCCAGAAUCGUCCGUGACUGGACCUAACUGUCAGGGGUCCCUUUACCUUUACCUUUAUGUCUUAUAAUUGGUAUGCUUUGGCGGAGACAGGCCUGAGGUAACACAUUCUCAGUGAUGUCCCCGGCCCUUAAGAAAAUAUUUCCUGUGUCAAGUAGAACAUUUGUAUGAGCAGGCCUCUCUGGUGGGAUUCUGCUCCUUUGAAAAAUAAAAGUGUGUGAGAGAGAUAUGAACACUAAUUAUGUAUGUACAAGUGAGAGAGAAAUUUAGAAAGUCAUUUCUUUGUUUCGCGCAUAGGAAACACUGGCUACUUUUGUAAAGUGGCCAGAUAAUUCACCAGCUUUUGACCUCAACAAUUCCAGUCGGAAGAGGAUUUCAGGAGCUGUGUGCGCUCAGGAUCCCAGGUAAGAAGGGGCAUGUGGAGGGGGGGAAGAGAGGGGAUACAUAUGUUUAGAGCUGUAGUGGAGCUGGGGGAGGUGAUAAUGUGUAUGGUAACCCCUCAUUACUUGUUGGCUAUCUGUCCCCCAACAGGACUUGUGAAGAACCUGCUUCAAAUCUGCCACACAUCUGGCCUGAUGACAUCACCAAGUGGCCGGUAAAUAUUCCUUCCUUCCUUCCUUAAAUUGUUUGGCACAAAUUUAUCUUGCAAAAUAUUUGUACGGUGCAAACAGAGGUGGAUGCCCUUUUAGAAACUUUUGCUGAGUGCGGGCAGGGGGGCACACACACACACACAGAAGUGAUUUGUUUAUGACUGCCAUGUUAUCUAAUGCAAAGUCCAAGCUGCUUCAUGGAGACUGCCUUACGAAUGGGACAGUCCACUGAGGAAGGCAUUGGACAUUGAAUGCAUGCAGCUGCAUGCAUGCAUCCCUGUCCAUCAAACUCAAGCAAGGAAAGACUUGGGUACGCUAGUCUUUUGCAUGGCAUGCAAGGCUGAAAUUUAACAGAGAUGGUCUUACUGAAAGACAAAGGUUUGAGGUUUGAGAUUCCCCCUUUAAUUCCAGAUGCAUGCAGAGGUGGAUGAAGAGGGAAGAAGGCUGUAGCUGUGCAGUGUGUGUGUGUGUGUGUGUGUGUGUGUGUGUGUGUGUUUUAAGGAAUGUAUUUACAUGUGCACAUACAGUGGUACCUCUGGUUACGAACUUAAUUUGUUCCAGAAGUCCAUUUUUAACCUGAAACUGUUCUUAACCUGAGGUACCACUUCAGCUAAUAGGGCCUCCCAUUGCUGCCACGCUGCUGGCACACAAUUUCUGUUCUCAUCCUGAGGUAAAGUUCUUAACCUGAGGUACUACUUCCGGGUUAGCGGAGUCUGUAACCUGAGGUUUUUGUAACCCGAGGUACCACUGUACACGCAAAUGCACACGCUCAAACCCCAAUCCCUUCUUCCAUUUUCUUCCUGCCUUCCAGUGAAAUGGAUCCUAAAUCUUUCUGUGUGUAGGAUUAUAGACUCUAGUAAGCUUUUUUAAAAAAUCACGGCCUAGGACUUGGUGAUAUCAUGAUUCAGACCCUGAAAUACAUGGACAUGUUCCACCUAGUUGCUGUCAAUUAAAUUUUGGACAGAAGAUAAGGCACAAACACUCACCGUAGUUAGGUAGUACCUGCUGGAAGGAUAAACUGCAAUGUUCUCAUGUUGCCACCCACACUUGACUAAUGACUCAUGAUGGCUGAAUCCUGGUUUGGUUGAUGAUGAAAUGGUACUACUCAAACCUCUUUUAUUCCUCUCUGUUGUAACCCACACCAAACUAAAUACUGUUGGUAGACGGUAUUGUUUGUUGCUAUGUUAUGCAUUUUUUUUGGUGUGUGUUUUCUAUUUUAAACCGUCCUGUGAUCCUCGGACGAAGGGAGGCAUAGCAAUUUAAUAAAUAAAUAAGCAAAUUUCUCCUAGCAAAUCUUUCCGCUUGGUGAUUGCCUGUUGGAAAAUAAUGUGAUCUGGCUGGAGCACUAGUCAUGAGAACAUAGCUAGGGGUCUUGGAAUCCCUGAACCUGAGUUUAUGUGCAAACAAUUUUAAGAGGACUGUUGGUUUAGGACAGGGACAGGGGAACCUCUGCCCCCUACCAAAUGUUGUUAGUCUCCAACUCCCAUCAGCCCCAGACAACCUAGCCAGUUGUCGGUGUGACCCUGCACCAUUGGUUGCAUUAUGGGCUCCUAAUCUCUGGUUUAGGAUAUCCCCUUGGUUGUGUUCCAGUCUGUCUGUCGCCUGGUAGGUCAUUGUAGUAACUGACAGUAGUGGUUAAAUGAUAAAACUGGCAAGUAUGCUGAAGGCAAAUUACACAUGGAUUUACUUAAAACCUUUUCUUCUAAUUGUAAACCUUUUAUUUACAGAUAUGUACUGAUCAGGCCAAAAGUAACCACACUGGGUUGUUACAUAUAGACUGUGACAUUAAAGGAAGGCCAUGCUGUCUUGGAACCAAAGGCAGGUAAGUACUCAUGUCUCAUGCAGCUCUAAGUGAUGGUGUUAGCAGCCACAGACCUGCCUGCUUCUCUUAUUUAGGUAGGAACUUGCCUUUGAUCCAGCUUCCUUAGCAAUCCUAGGUCAGUUAAGGGAAAUUAUCCUUUCUUAACAUGCUGAAUUACAAAGGACACUCAGCAACACCAGAGCUGAGCUUUUAGAAAGCUUGUAUCGUCAGAAUCCUGAGAUCUAGCUCCUUAGGUUUAGGUAGGUAAAAGAAGAAAUAAUUUCAACUUAGGAGUCACCAAUGUUUUUUGGCCAGUGAGUAGAUUUGGAAUUUUGAGGAAGUGGCAUGGGCACCAGUCACAAAAUGGCUGCCAUGGGGUGUGGUAAAUCCAAAAAGGCUGCUGUGGGGGGGGGUGGCAUAAUGGCCUGUGUAGGAGAGACUGAGCAGGGAAAGCAAACAGUCUACUUUGGAUUGUUAAGGGGAUAUUAACUGAGACUUUCCACAGGAACUAAACCCCUAUAACGACAUUUCUCUCUCUUUGUACUAGUUGUCAGAUCACUACUCGAGAGUACUGCGAAUUCAUGCAUGGCUACUUUCAUGAAGAAGCAACUCUCUGUUCACAGGCAAGUAAUGUCCCAGGGUUUGUAAGUGGGAAAUCCUCUUAAAGUUCAGCCCCUGCUUGAAGUUAAUAUGACCACUUACAUGCUAGGAAAGUCCAGUAAGAAGGUGAACGAGCAUCAAUUCCAUCACAGCAAAACUGGGUUCAGAGGGUUCCAUUUGUCUACAUGCUUUAAUGUUUUCUCUCUCUCUCCCCUCCCCUCCCCCCUCCCCCCAGGUACACUGCAUGGAUGAGGUGUGUGGCCUCCUGCCAUUUAGGAACCCAGAGAGUCCUGAUCAGAUUUAUAGACUCUGGUUGUCCUUAUUUCUUCAUGCAGGGUAGGUGAGAAGAUUGUGGGGAGUGCAGUGCCUUGGGUCUGAGCCUUUUGGGCUCUGUGGCUGGUUUUUUGUUUUGCCUGUCAAAGCCUUUUCAUUGAAGCUUUUAUAUUCCACACAUUUUUCAAGACCUUGUGCAGUUAUUUCCUCCCCAGCACUGUGCUGCGUUGGUCAGUCAGGCAGAGAGAUGGUGGCUGUGGAUGAUUAAGAAUUUGAACCCUGGUCUCCCCAGUCCUUGUUAGACACUCUGCCCAGUGUACCACUCCAGCUGAUCACUGGUUUCAGGUGCCUUUGGCCCCGCCUUGCCUGUCAAGCUGCAAGGAACAGAUUGAAAUCUGCCCGAAUUUCUUUUGCAUUAGGAAUCUCAGGCUCUAGAGACAUUCCACCUUCUAACUUUGUUUCUGUGACACCCCUUCCUUCCUGGAUUCCUAUUUUGUUAUUAUAACUGACACACCUGUUUCUGUCAGUCUGACCCAGACAGUUUAAAUGGGACUCUUCUGGUUGUGGCCUGGAUUUAUGGUCUUGGGUUUAUUGCUCAGGACUUUAUCUUGCAAGGAUGCCUAACCUAUCCUUGGGCCUUUGCCCCCUUCCCGACCCUCUAAAUUUGACCUUUGAUUCUGUGACUGAGUCCUGGCAACGUGCCCUGACAAACUGUCCCUUUUUGAAUAUCGACUUCACAACCACUUGCGCAAAUCCAGAGAUGUUUCUCAAAUUGCCAAAGGCCCAUAGAUAGGUAGAUAAACUUUAUUCGCAUUAGCCAAUGGCCAUGGCAACAUAAAACAAGGAAUAUAUACAAAUAAAAAGACAGCAAUGGGUAAAAAGGGCAAUCAAAUGACCAAGACUAUCGUUCAGAUAGUGGCCCUUAAUCUCAUUGCACCCUCGAUAAACCUAGCAACCUUUGCUGUUGUCUGAUCAUUUUGAUCUGAUAAAAGAAAGAACAAUGUGGCCUCAGAUGGGCGGCCUAGGAUGGUAAGUAAGAGUGGGGUAAUGAUCUCAUUCCUCAGAUUUUUAUAAAGGGGGCAGGACAGGAGAACAUGAACCACUGUUUCUGGAUUGCCAAAGGCCCAUUUAGCAUGAUGGACAUUACUUGUGAGUUUACUCAGAUAAGAAGGGAGGAAGGAAUGCUGUUGUGAUGCCAACUAGGAGCUCAUUGCAAAGCAUCCGUCUGUCUUUGCCCUGUAGGGUUAUCCACUGCCUGGUGUCGGUGAUCUUUCAGAUGACAGUCCUCAGGGAUUUGGAGAAGCUGGCAGGCUGGCAUAGAAUCUCCAUCAUUUACAUACUCAGUGGCAUCACAGGCAAUCUGGCGAGUGCCAUCUUCCUUCCAUACAGAGCAGAGGUAAGUGCCACCUUCCCUUCAUGCAGUGGUGAGGUUAGAACCCCUUUUUUGGAGAGUGACUAAAUAGUGAACUCCUUAUCUGAGCAGCAGUUCUUAUGGAUGCACUCUCAAGAAGGAGAAAUCGGCAGGCUCUGGCUGGCUGGCUAGCUCAGGGGUCAGCAAACUUUUUCAGCAGGGGGCCGGUCCACUGUCCCUCAGACCUUGUGUCCCACAAAUAACCCAGAGAUGCAUUAUAAAUAAAAGCACACAUUCUACUCAUGUAAAAACAUGCUGAUUCCCAGACCGUCCACGGGUCGGAUUUUGAAGGCGAUUGGGCCGGAUCUGGUCCCCCGGGCCUUAGUUUGCCUACCCAUGGGCUAGCUGGACCAAUUGAAUGGGAGCACUCCAUACGGCAGCAUUUUGUCUUCAUGUGACUUCCUCUUGUGCAUGACAACCUAAGUAGAAAAUGCCCCAGCUGUAUUCAGAACUGGGCAUGCCCCUGGAAUCAGAAGUGCCGGAAGACCUAAAGCCUGCAGCUCUGCAGAUGUGGUAGGACUACAACUCUCAUCAUCCCUCACCAUUUGCUAUGCUGUCUAGGGGUGAUGGAGAUUUGGAGGCCCUCGAGGUCUGGCAGGCUGCAGGUUUCCCCCAUCCCUAUGUUUAAAGGGAAGGGGGUUUGAUAAGUCUGAGCAGCCAGCAAGAAUGCCUUUCCUCUAUACAACAAGCUCUCAAAUUGACAGUGCAGAAAUGAGGUUGAUAAUGAGCAGUGUGUGUGAUCCGUACGAUGCCAUUGUGAUUUUAGCAUCAGAUUUUCAGGUGUUAAAAAUAUUUGGGAAAGAGAAGAAGGAAGCAUUUACUGAGUAGGGGGGGAGAGAGAGAUAACAAAGACUAGGGAAGGCACCCCGUGAACAAUGUAAAUAAGGUGGCUGCAGAUCUUGCACCCUCCUGCACCACGUCUGCCUAUUGGAAACUCUACCUUUAGUUCCUGAAGUCACACAGAAGUCGCCACACAUGUUCUCACAUUUCUUGCCACCCCAGAAAAAGAGAAGUAUGGAAGUGGUGUGCUAAUGCCAUGUUUGGUUUGAAUCUCAGGCGUAAUUUAAAGUAAACUGGACAUAGGAAGCUGCCUUUUACUGAGUUAGACCAUUUGUCCAUCUAGCUUGGUAUUGUCUACAGUAACUGGCAGUGACUCUCUAGGAUUUCAGGCAUGUUCCUGGCUUUCUGUGUACAGAGGGAAAGGCUUGUGCAUUGGGAAGCAUUGAAAUAUACGCUCCCCACUUGAUGUCUGGAGAUGGGCAGUCCCAAGAGGGCUUGUUUCAUUUGAUAUUUCAGCAUAUUUGAGUAGGCCUCCCCAUAGCUCUCUUGGCAUUAUGGAGUCAGUGCCCUUUUCUGCACUCGUUUUUGAUAGGUGGCUAACAACUUGAGCUGCUUCUGACAACCCUUUGAAUGCCUGGAAAAGAAAACACGAAGAAGUGGUGGGGUUGUGCAUGCAAGCCUUGCCCCAGCAUGUGCAUCGAUUUGUGAAGGUCUAAAGAGGGCUUCUAUCUAGGAAACCCCCUGUUGGAAACCUCUAUGUGGUUGGAAAUCCUGCACACUUUUAAGUUGUGUUCAUCUGAACGUGCUUAGAUGCCCCCUUCAGGCCUUCUGCCUUGAUGCAGGAAGAUCAGGGUGGUGCAUGGCAGGACCGGCAUAUUGGACAAAGUGCGCACACACCCUGCACACUCCCUCUGCCCCCACAAUUGUUGCUUAGAAAUGAAGGUGGACUUUUGUCGUCUGCCAUGGAAACAUCUGGGCCCAUUGUCAAUGUUAUUGUGGAGCAAACUGGCUAAUGGGGUUUUAAAAGGGAAACCUGUGAGCUGCAUCUGGCAAAUUGGCCUCCUGUUGUGUUCCCUCGCCUUGGAGGGAUUAUUUCAGGAGCUGCUUUCCCUUAGCUUUAUCCUCCCACCUCCUCUGCUCCUCUCGGCCCACGUGAAGGUGAUGUUACUGCAGGUGAGUGAUGUCAUGGCCCUGAGUGAGCUGCCAGCUGGCCAGCUGCCAGCUGACUCCUGACAUCGCCCAGGCACGUGAGAGCAAAAAGAAGCUCUGCUUUGGUUUCCUUGAAGAUAUGAGAAAGGAGAUUUUGCAGAGAGUCAUAAGCAGCUACAGCCAACAAGGUGGAGCUAUCCUUUUACUCAAGCUUUAAAUUUCCCUUCCACACGAUUUGUGUGUAUGUGUUCUUGCAUGCUCUUCAACACAAAGGGCUCUCAGAGUGUCUCUCAAACCAAUGUCAGGUAAUAAAGCAUCUCUCCAAUGUCAUGUUCCUCUGGAGCAAAGGUGGUCUGGCUCAGUGUGGUGUUCAAGCUGGAAGGGCCUUCCCCUUGCAGGCAGUGACCAGCUCCUGUGUACCAAGGCUGGGAAAACUCAGGCCAGAGGGGAUGCUUGUAAACCUCAAGACCCCUCGUUGUGUCCCUCAUGAAACUUCCAGGCUACAGCCUUCCACUUCCCUGCUCCAAACCCUCCACGAGUGCUUUUGACUUGAAUGUGUGGUGAUGCCCCCUGCUUGACUGGAUGGGAUGUUGUUGUUGUUUAGUCGUUUAGACGUGUUUGACUCUUCGUGACCCCAUGGACCAGAGCACACCAGGCACUCCUGUCUUCCACUGCCUCCCGCACUUGAUAGAGGGGUGCUUAUGUGCGUAGGCCUGACCUUCUGUUUGUAGCUAGAAUGUACUCUACUGUACAUCAUAUCUGUGGCUCCAGUUAGUUUUGCCUCUGACCCCACCCACCCCAGCAUGUGGCCCCCAGAAAGUUGUUCAUUAUGGAAUGUAACCCUUGGUAUGGGAAAGAUUCACCGCCACUGCUAUCUAUACUAAGACUAAACUCAUUAUUUGAGUGCCUAUUCAAAUGGCAUUAUCCAUACUCAAGAAGGAAGGUAUCAGCAGACUUAGGAGACCCCUCUCCCAAGGUUUACAGAAGUCCAGAAUAACUUAAGAGGUGGGGGGAUAACACCAGAGGUGGAGGGCUGCUGGCCAGGAUUAUUGAGUUUGUGUCCCCAAGAAAUUCCAUUGCUUAAAGGCAAAACAAAAGCUCUGUCUGAUGUGCACAAUUUAGAGGCAUAGAAUUUCCUUGAGAGCAAGUGUAGCAAUCUUUCCACCACCCCUUUUUUGCUGAAGGAUAUAUAUGUGUGUGUUUAUACUACUAUGAGAGCUUUUUCACAACACACUCGCAUGGAUGUUGUGGGGUGGGGGGAGUCAUCUAUGCAAUAACACUGAUGGUGACUCUUCAAAAAUUAGUGUGAAUUAGCCUUUAGCUGUCUAGUGUCUUAUCAACCCUUUGGAGAACUAAUUGCACUUUAAUCCUCCAGAAGAUGGUGAAAGAAGCUUACAACUGUGGGGUUGUGUUUUUUAAAAAAUAAUAAUAAUCCCAGUGGACCUUGACUUGAAGAUAAAUGUGCUUUGGACCAGAACUUUAGACUUCCUGUUUGGAAGAAAGAGGGAUGGCAGAAACCUCUGCACCUGCAAAGUGACAAAGAAUAUUGUCUUUUACGUAAUUUCAUUAGAAAGACUUAAAUAGAUAUUCUACGUAUGUACACAAUUCAGCUCUCUUGGCAAAAAAACAGAAGGCCAUUAUAUGAGAAACUAAGAAGCUUACAGCAAGGUAGAUGCUGACAGUGAGGUGUCAGUGCCUCUUUUUGGGUGGCUGUUGUGGACAGCCUCCCUGGUUUUAUUCUCUUCAGUCAGAUGUGGGAGCGAAGUGAUGCUUUAGCAAUUGCAGCUGUCUGGUUUCCAUGUGCUGAACCAGCACAUGCUGGCUGCCCUAUUUGUUCACACGUGAGGGUGCCCACCCCCCCUUUUAUAGUUGAUGGAACAGGCAGGUGGCUAAUCUGACGUCCUGACAGGCUCUAAAGGAGAUCACCCAUCUAAUCCCUUGGAUCUCAUCAGCAGCUUCUCCACCUACAGCCUUGUGGGGCAGCGGCUGCAGCCGGCUGCUGAGUCACUGCAAGCUCCUGAGCCUUCCCCUUCUGAAAUGACUCUCAAGCAUUGCAGCUUCAUUCCAUCCUUAGGCACACCAGCCUGGGGGGGGCCCACCUUGAUAGGGCAUUUGCCUGGAAACUGGGAUGAGCUAAUGCAACCUGUGUGACUUGGUGGUUGCACCAAGGAUGGCAGCCCUUGGUGGUUUUAGGGGCCGCCCUAUGUUGUUAAGUUCAUAUUUUAAAAAAGGAAUGAUCUGCCAACUGGAAAGCACCAUAUAAUUGAAGAGGUAUCAUUACUUGUUUGGGUGGUGUUCAUUUUUUGGUUUUUUAAAUAAUACUUUAUUAUGCAAACUAUUUACAGUCUUUGUAUGUGGUACCAUUUUAUAGGUAAAUGCAGUGUUUUCACCUUCAGUUUCUUAAACUUAUCUCUUCAUUUGGUUGUCAAAAAGAAUUGCAUUCUAACAUGAAGAGGUUAUUGUUAAUCACUUUGCACAACUCUAGUUCCCUGGCAUGAAACUUUUUAAACUGCUAAACACACACACCUUCACCAGUACUCUGUGCGCUCUUGGUGCUUAGGAAAACUGGAUUCUGCCACUGGUCUCAAUGAUUGAAAUUUACUCAGUUCCCUCUGCUUCUAGGCAAGGAGCUGUACUGGACAUUGUCAUUCUACUCCAGCUUCUGUGUCCUCACCAGAUGUUGCCUAUUAGUUUUGAGCCUAUCUUCAUGAGGAGUAUAUAUCCUUCUUUUUGACUAGAACCCUCAAGCCAGCUAAGAACUUCUAUAAAAUACAACAGAUACAAUGAAAACCACAUGCUCGCAAAACAACCAGCCCAGCUGAAACAGGGACAUUAUACCUCGUAGUGUUGUUGUUUUAUUGCUACUGCUACUACUACAAAAUCCUGUUAUUCACAGGUUUCUGAAUUCUGGGCUUGGUGCCAAAUGAAGCAGUGCUACUGCUCUUGAGAAAAAUUGCAGAAACAUUGCCCUGGCCUUAGCCUAUGUCCCUUAGGAUGUAUGGGGCAUACUAACCACAGAACUUGCUUCUGCGUGUGGUUGGAUGAUUGAUUGGUCUGUAUCCCUGAGUGCAGGCAGAGGAAAGCAUAGAAUAUUCCAUUCCUGCGGGACCCCCAUCUCCUUUAAUCCAGCACUUGGGGAAGGCACAAGGAAAUUACGGCCAUUCUGAAGGGCUCCAGUCAGCCAAGAUGGGCUGCACACCCUUUGCUGAGUUCUAGCAUCCCAGCGCAAUAGCCUGACUUUCAUGGGGCUGGUUGGCCCAUCCUUUGCCAACUGAGUGGCCUCUGGUUGUUUUGGACGACAACUUCAUUGUGCUGGCUGGAGCUGAUGGGAGCAGCAGGCCAAAAUAUCUGGCAAGGACUCGAUUAUCUAGUGAAUUUAUGGUCCCUUGAUUUAGACAAACACACUGUAACCUUGAAUAACCUUUAAUUUCCCUCUUGUUUUAAUAUGACUCGGCCCUUUCUCUUUUGCUGUAUGAGUUCUAGGGCCUAAACCAAGGUAAAACCAUAGCAAUGAACCCCAAGUAUGCUUUAUUUUGACUUGGCAGUUCUGUGCUCUGCUCAAGACCUAUGAGCUGAAUUCUGAAUAUUGGUGUUUCUAAAUGUUGCUCUGAUGGAAGGAAAGUUUCAGUGUGACUCUGUCCAGUUCUGUUUGAGGACAGGGAAGGUGGCUUGCACAGUGGGGAUUAGCUGCUGAAUGAUGGCAGAAGUCAAAGCCCAUGUGAAAGAAAGUAGGUGAUGCAGAUUUGAGAUCUAAACUUCCUUUGUUUUAGGCUACAGGAAAUGUUUAGCUCUCAUGGUUGGGCAAGAUAUUUUUGUAAACGUUUGUGCAAAGGGCCUGGCGUUCAGGUAGGGACUGUCAGCCGUACCUGUUUAGCUACGUACCUGUAUCUCAUGAAUUCCAAAUGCUGUUUUUAAUUAUUAUUUUUUAAACCCUACAAAAACUCAAAUAUCAGAUUGAGAAUAAAUCAUGCAAUAUUUUGCAAAAUGACCAACAUGCCCUUUGAUGCCAAGUGCCGAACUUACAUGUUUGGUUCCUCACCCCCCCAAAAAAGGGGUUUCUUUAGCACAUAUUGAGAAAUCUUUUAGGGCAGAACAGAAGGGCCCUGCCAUGAAAAACAUAAUAUCAUCAUCAUCAUUAUUAUUAUUAUUAUUAAAUUUAUAUACUGUACCACCCUUCAUCUGAAGAUCUUUAGUGAUUAUAGUGCAACCUUUGCAAAACCAGGUUGAAGACUUCCAUCCUAAACUCAUGUAAUAGGGAGAGAAUCUAACUAAAUUCAUAGAAUACAUAUGUUUAAGCUUGUGCUAUCUGGAAUUGACACAACACAAAGCUGUUACCUUCCAGGGCAAGGAAACCUGUGGGCCUCCAUAUGUUGGAUUGCAACUUUUAGCAUCCCUGACCACUGGAGUUGAUGGCAGCUAGGAAUCCAACAACCCCUGGAGAGCCAGAGAUUUUCCCCACCCCUCCUUUGGGGGUCAAAGGGUUGGGUCAUAAGUACAGCUUAUUACAACCCCCAACCUCCCGACUUGUUGCCCUGAUGAUGAGUUGCUUUCAUCCCGUUUUGUCCUCUGAGCUCUAGCUCAGUGUUCUCUACCCUGAGUGGCAACAUCAAGUUCUUAAGCUCUCCCCCCACUGAAUGUGGGGCUUUGUGUGUGUACAAAUAUGUGCCCCACCUGAGACAUUUGCUGGUACCGGCCAAAACUUGCUCUUGGCACUGUGAUCUGAGGGAUUUGAAACCACAACCCAGAGGAGAUGAAACUGAACCUAGGUUCAAGAUCUGAACCUCAAAGUUCUUGCAGUGGAACCGAUACUCAUUCCCCUUGAUCAACAAACCAACCGUUAAGGCUUAAUGAGAAUAACGGUAAGUUUACCAUGCAGCACAAUAAAUCACUGUACUUACAGCUUCUGGGACUCUGUUGCCCAUUUGCUUUUCCAGGGUUCUCUGUUGUGGAGAGAUGAGAAAGCCUGGCUGGCCUAAGAGCGGACUGCAUCUUGCGUGAUUUAUUUUUAAGUUUCUUUUUCCUCCUUCCCUCUUCUAGGUGGGCCCUGCAGGAUCCCAGUUCGGCUUGUUAGCCUGCCUUUUUGUGGAGCUUUUCCAGAGCUGGCAGGUCCUCGAGAAGCCCAUGAAGGCUUUCCUGAACCUUUCUGGGAUCGUCCUCUUCCUCUUCCUCUGCGGCCUCCUGCCAUGGAUUGACAACAUUGCACACAUCUUUGGCUUCCUCAGUGGCCUGCUGCUCUCUUUCGCCUUCCUGCCCUACAUCACCUUUGGCACGAUGGACAAGUACCGCAAGAGAGUCAUGAUCAUCGUCUCGAUGCUGGUCUUCGUCGGGCUCUUCGCAUCUCUGGUGAUCUGGCUCUAUGUGUACCCUAUUAACUGGCACUGGAUUGAGCACCUCACUUGCCUGCCUUUCACUGACAGGUUCUGCGAGAAGUAUGAUCUGAACCAGGUCUUGCAUUGAUGGAGCUGGGAGGCUGUGGAAUGGGGCUUGCAGGAGAGGAUUUUAAACUUGGGAUACCUGUCGGAUGUUGAGCAGCAGUGGAAUAGACAGAGGCAACACUGGCAGUCAAAAAAGGCAAAACAUCUGCACUUCUCCAGCUUUCCCUGUACCACUCGUGAAACAUUCACGCUCCAAGUGCUGAAGCAGAAGACCUGUUACCUUUUGCAAAACUCCUAGGUGCAAGGGAUAAAGUCAUAAGCCAACCUGUCUCUUGUAUGUUCCUCUCUGACAGUUCUGGGCACCAAGCAGCCAUCAUUGAGAGGUAUAGCUUUGAAGCAACAUCACCCUGUUUGGUGUCCGAAUUGGGUCAGAGUCUCUUACGAGAGGCUUCUCCACUACAGUGCCUGCAGCGGGUGGCAAUCUUUGCUGAAGUUUCGAUGUUGCGAUAACCACCAACCAUUUGGAAUGUAAUAGAGAAUCUACAAGCUCUGCCUCUUAGGCCGAGUUCCUUUCUAUGAGCUGCCAAAGCAUCCAAUGCCAUCCUUCAUCCAUAGGACUGAUUAGGUCCUUUGUGGGAUGGAGAGGCCUGAGAGGCAGUCACUUCAAAAGAGCACUUUAGUGAUGAGGCAACAUCCUGUUGAACUGCUCGUAUUUACCGUCUGCCUGUGUCUAUGGUUUCCUACUUGAAGUUCCUCCUUUUAUGCAACUCCUGGUUUUGGGGGCCCUUUUCCUAAUUGCCUUAUGGCACAAAAUGGUGCUUGGACUUUGUGGCAAUCUUCCCUGCCUUAGUGCCUUUUUGUGGUACUGUGAAUUGUACUGUGAAAACAAACAACCUGGUCUUUUUUGCCCAAGGGAUAUUUUAUAUGCAUUUCUCUUCUCCCCUGCCCCUUCUUUACAUUUGCGAUCUCUGCUACCAAACACUUUCUGGCAAGUAGCGUUGAUGCUUUUAAAGAAACCUAGUGCCAUCUGGAAGAAGUGUUAGUACCUCGUCCAGUAUUUAUACGGAGUGAAUUUAAAUUUCUGUAGCAAACUUGAAGGAUAACUUCACUCUGAUAAAGAGGCCAGGCUCACGCUGUAGCGACAGAUGAGAUUGUUGUGUGGAGGGUGGAGGAGGAUAUUUUUGGUCUAAAUAAAUUAAAUUUAAAUUUAUCAAAAGCAAAUGUGCGUGUGUGUUUUCAAAAUGUGAUUUAUUUAGUGCCUUGUGUAAACCUUUUAGCCAGGGAUGGAAAUAGUUUGUCUUGUAAGUGGCCCCACGUAAUAGACGUUGGUAAAUCUGCAAAAUGUUGUUGCUCCAGUGACUGACUUUAUUUUUAGAACGCAUUUACGAAGAAAAAAUGUAUUAAAGAAACCCCAAACCCUCCCUUUU